AUGGAGGCUUCGGCACGAUCACCGCCAAAGCGGAGCCACAGAGCCGAGCCGGGGCUGGAGGAAGCCGGGGAUUGCCGGGUCGGCGGCAGCGCCAUGGAAGCCGGUGUGUAAAGCAGGGUCUCCCCCUCCACCUCGCACCCUUAUCGCCUUAUUUACUAACACUGUGUCUCUCCGCAGAGCUCUACUUCCUGAUCACCCGCUACCUGCAGUCUGGACCCUGCCGGAGAUCAGCCCAGGUAAGUACCCCAAUACUGUGCUCCCCUGGGGGUCCCCCUCUCACACCCUCACUCUGGGGGUCCCACCCUCACUCUGGGGGUCCCACUAACACCCCUUACUUUCUGUCUCCGCAGGUGCUGGCGGAGGAGCUGGAGGAGCACCAGGUAAGUACCCCUGGGUUGGAGGGUGGGUGUCUCACUGUACCCCUAAAGCCACAGCCGCUCAGUACCCCUGUACCCCUCCUGUUACCCACACAGCAUGCUCAUGGUUAAUAUCUGGCACCCCAGCUGUGAAGGACUGCCAGGCCCAUCAGGCUCGGCCAGCAUGGCUGGCUUAACUCAUGGCAGCUCUAGUCCACAACUUUUCUCUUUCAGCUGUUUAGGCACCAUGGGAGUUGUAGGCAACAACAUCUGGAGUGACAGAGAUUAGCCAUGAUUGCUCCACCCUCCUUUAUCAUAUGUCCUGUAUUUGUCCUAGUCUUGUAUUAUUGUACCCACCCCCCUCGAAUACCCUCUGAGGGUGAUGCCCCCAUUAGUGCCUUCUCUGCCCUCAUCUACCCCCUACCCUCCUUCAUUACUUGAUUCAAUUGCCCCCAUUCCUUAUUUAACUAGCAGUACAGUCUUGCCUGUGCUCAAACCUCAGACACUCAGUAUCUUUUUAAAUGUAUUUAAACUGGUGCUGCUCUCACUAUACCAUCUCCAUGCUUUACACUGUGCUGUGAUGAUUUACCUAUUUUUUACCCCAACCUCUCUCACCAUACCCUGACUGUACCAUUUGUACACAGUCUUUGUGAUAUCCCUGUACUAUGCUGACUUACCCUGUGCUCUUUCCUUGUACUAAGCUAGUCAUGGAUGCACUGGAAGUUUAAAUAGCUGCUUUAUGUAACCAAUCUCUGACCCAUCCCUGUUCCCCAGCUUGUUGCCCACCCCUACCCUCUCUGCUUUUGUGGAUUACACACUCUGUCUCUACAUAUUGGUGAUGAGACACACUCUGUGCAUCCCUCCCUGUACACUGCACUGUGACUGUACAUUGCAGCUGAUUGCAUUAUGUGCCCAGUUCCUGGUACAAUCUCUGCACCCAAUCUGUUGCACCAUCCUACCCAGUGCUAUACUGACCACCUCCCUUUUUGAUGGUGUGAUCCUUUCCAUGCCCAUUCCCUGUGUUGAGGUCCUUGUACCCUGAAUGAUUCCCUAGUGAAAAUGUGAUUUAUUUACCUAAAUCCUGUCUCUUAUGUACCAAGUUUCUGUGCCAUCCUUGCAUAAUCUGUGUAUCCCUAGCUUGUGCAGUAUAUGGUCUCUCAAACUACCAAGUCAUUGUUCCUCACUGCAUCCCCCCCCUCUGUAUUCAGACACUGUGCCAACCUGUUCAAUCAGUGUACCUAGACCCUGUGCCACCCUGCCCCCCGUGUAUCCAGGCCCAGUUCCACCCUGUGAUUCAGAAAGUGUGCCACCCUGAUUCCACACCCUGCUUACUGUUAAUUCACACCCCGUGCCACCCUGCUCCCUCUGUGUGUCCGGCCCCCGUGCCAGCCUGCUCCCUCUGUGUGUCCGGCCCCCGUGCCAGCCUGCUCCCUCUGUGUGUCCGGCCCCCGUGCCAGCCUGCUCCCUCUGUGUGUCCGGCCCCCUUGCCAGCCUGCUCCCUCUGUGUGUCCGGCCCCCGUGCCAGCCUGCUCCCUCUGUGUGUCCGGCCCCCGUGCCAGCCUGCUCCCUCUGUGUGUCCGGCCCCCGUGCCAGCCUGCUCCCUCUGUGAACGCGGCCCCUGUGCCAGCCUGCUCCCACUGUGAAUGCUGCCCCGUGCCACCCUGCUCCCUCUGUGGAUCCGGUCCCUGUGCCACCCUGCCUCCUCUGUGGAUCCAGACCAUGUGCAGUAUCUGGUUUCUCAAGCUACCUCGUCACUCUGCUCAAUCUGUGUAUCCAGUCCCUGUGCCAUAUUGCUCAAACUGUGUAACCAGACCUUUGACACCUGGCUCCCCCUGUGUUCUCAGACCAUGAGCCACCCUGCUCUACCUGUGAAUCCAGACCAUGAACCACCUUGCUCUACCUGUGAAUCCAGACCCCGUGCCACCCUGCUCCCUCUGUGUAUGCAGACCCCAUGCCACCCUGCUCCCUCUGUGUAUGCAGGCCCCGUGCCACCCUGCUCCCUCUGUGUAUCCGUCCCCUGUGCCACCCUGCUCCCUCUGUGUAUCCGUCCCCUGUGCCACCCUGCUCCCUCUGUGUAUCCGUCCCCUGUGCCACCCUGCUCCCUCUGUGUACCCGGCCCCCUGUGCCACCCUGCUCCCUCUGUGUACCCGGCCCCCUGUACCACCCUGCUCUCUGUGUACCCGGCCCCCUGUACCACCCUGCUCUCUCUGUGUACCCGGCCCCCUGUGCCACCCUGCUCCAUCUGUGUAUCGUGCCACCCUGCUCCCUCUGUGUAUCGUGCCACCCUGCUCCCUCUGUGUAUCGUGCCACCCUGCUCCCUCUGUGUAUCGUGCCACCCUGCUCCCUCUGUGUAUCGUGCGACCCUGCUCCCUCUGUGUAUCGUGCCACCCUGCUCCCUCUGUGUAUCGUGCCACCCUGCUCCCUCUGUGUAUCCGGCCCCCGUGCCACCCUGGUCCCUCUGUGUAUCCGGCCCCCGUGCCACCCUGGUCCCUCUGUGUAUCGUGCCACCUGCUCCCUCUGUGUAUCGUGCCACCUGCUCCCUCUGUGUAUCGUGCCACCCUGCUCCCUCUGUGUAUCGUGCCACCCUGCUCCCUCUGUGUAUCGUGCCACCCUGCUCCCUCUGUGUAUCGUGCGACCCUGCUCCCUCUGUGUAUCGUGCCACCCUGCUCCCUCUGUGUAUCGUGCCACCCUGCUCCCUCUGUGUAUCCGGCCCCCGUGCCACCCUGGUCCCUCUGUGUAUCCCCCCGUGUGCCCGGUCCCUGCCCUCCCCCCCCCGUGCUAGGUCCCUGCUCCCCCGUGCCUGGUCCCUGCCCCCAAGGUGCCCGGUCCCUGCCCUGCCCCCGGUGCCUGCCCCUGCCUCCCCCCGGUGCUCCAGUCCCUGCCCAUGCAUUGCCCCUGACUGUGCCCUGACCGCCUUCUCUGCCCCAGCUGAUCCUGCACCCGCCUGGACUGGGAGGGGAAGCGGCACUCGCGGACAUAUCAGGACCUGGUGAGUAAACUGGGGACACUGUGUGUAUAGCGCGAUCCCGAGUACCGGCCCCGGGGCUGGCUCACGGUGGGACAUGUAACGCGGUGAUAACCGGGUAUACCGGGCGGGGGGGGGGAGGAGGAGGAACGCUUUAUACCGGGCUGGGGGGGGGCGUGUUUUUGUUCUCCGUCUAUUGUGAAAAAUGGGGGUUAUCUGAGGGCACGUACCGGGAGUGACGUCACCACCUCGAGUAGCCAAUAGAGCGGCGACUUCUAUCGGUCUCCGAGUGGUCGGCGGAUAGAAGCUGCGAGGUGAUUGGUUCCAGCUUCAUAAUACAGGCACUACUGCUUCUGGGAAACAAUAACAAUAAUAAAUACUGUGUAUAAUAACCUGACAUAUAAUACAUACUGUGUAUAAUAACCUGACCUACAAUACAUACUGUGUAUAAUAACCUGACCUAUAAUACAUACUGUGUAUAAUAACCUGACCUACAAUACAUACUGUGUAUAAUAACCUGACCCAUAAUACAUACUGUGUAUAAUAACCUGACCCAUAAUACAUACUGUGUAUAAUAACCUGACAUACCAUAAAUACUGUGUAUAAUAACCUGACAUACAAUAAAUACUGUGUAUAAUAACCUGACCUACAAUACAUACUGUGUAUAAUAACCUGACCCAUAAUACAUACUGUGUAUAAUAACCUGACCUACAAUACAUACUGUGUAUAAUAACCUGACCCAUAAUACAUACUGUGUAUAAUAACCUGACAUACCAUAAAUACUGUGUAUAAUAACCUGACCUAUAAUACAUACUGUGUAUAAUAACCUGACCCAUAAUACAUACUGUGUAUAAUAACCUGACCUAUACUACAUACUGUGUAUAAUAACCUGACCCAUAAUACAUACUGUGUAUAAUAACCUGACCCAUAAUACAUACUGUGUAUAAUAACCUGACCUACAAUACAUACUGUGUAUAAUAACCUGACCCAUAAUACAUACUGUGUAUAAUAACCUGACCUACAAUACAUACUGUGUAUAAUAACCUGACCUACAAUACAUACUGUGUAUAAUAACCUGACCCAUAAUACAUACUGUGUAUAAUAACCUGACCUACAAUACAUACUGUGUAUAAUAACCUGACCCAUAAUACAUACUGUGUAUAAUAACCUGACCUACAAUACAUACUGUGUAUAAUAACCUGACCUAUACUACAUACUGUGUAUAAUAACCUGACCCAUAAUACAUACUGUGUAUAAUAACCUGACCUAUACUACAUACUGUGUAUAAUAACCUGACCCAUAAUACAUACUGUGUAUAAUAGCCUGACCUACAAUACAUACUGUGUAUAAUAACCUGACCCAUAAUACAUACUGUGUAUAAUAACCUGACCUACAAUACAUACUGUGUAUAAUAACCUGACCCAUAAUACAUACUGUGUAUAAUAACCUGACCUAUACUACAUACUGUGUAUAAUAACCUGACAUAUAAUAAAUACUGUGUAUAAUAACCUGACCUAUAAUACAUACUGUGUAUAAUAACCUGACAUACAAUAAAUACUGUGUAUAAUAACCUGACCUAUAAUAAAUACUGUGUAUAAUAACCUGACCUAUACUACAUACUGUGUAUAAUAACCUGACAUAUAAUACAUACUGUGUAUAAUAACCUGACCUAUACUACAUACUGUGUAUAAUAACCUGACAUACAAUAAAUACUGUGUAUAAUAACCUGACAUACAAUAAAUACUGUGUAUAAUAACCUGACCUAUAAUAAAUACUGUGUAUAAUAACCUGACCUACAAUAAAUACUGUGUAUAAUAACCUGACCUAUAAUACAUACUGUGUAUAAUAACCUGACCUAUAAUAAAUACUGUGUAUAAUAACCUGACCUAUAAUACAUACUGUGUAUAAUAACCUGACCUAUAAUAAAUACUGUGUAUAAUAACCUGACAUAUAAUAAAUACUGUGUAUAAUAACCUGACCUAUAAUACAUACUGUGUAUAAUAACCUGACCUAUAAUAAAUACUGUGUAUAAUAACCUGACCUAUAAUACAUACUGUGUAUAAUAACCUGACCUAUAAUAAAUACUGUGUAUAAUAACCUGACAUACAAUAAAUACUGUGUAUAAUAACCUGACCUAUACUACAUACUGUGUAUAAUAACCUGACAUACAAUACAUACUGUGUAUAAUAACCUGACCUAUAAUACAUACUGUGUAUAAUAACCUGACAUAUAAUACAUACUGUGUAUAAUAACCUGACCUACAAUAAAUACUGUGUAUAAUAACCUGACCUAUAAUAAAUACUGUGUAUAAUAACCUGACAUACUAUAAAUACUGUGUAUAAUAACCUGACAUACAAUACAUACUGUGUAUAAUAACCUGACCUAUAAUACAUACUGUGUAUAAUAACCUGACCUACAAUACAUACUGUGUAUAAUAACCUGACCUAUAAUAAAUACUGUGUAUAAUAACCUGACCUAUAAUACAUACUGUGUAUAAUAACCUGACCUAUAAUAAAUACUGUGUAUAAUAACCUGACAUACAAUAAAUACUGUGUAUAAUAACCUGACCUAUAAUACAUACUGUGUAUAAUAACCUGACAUACCAUAAAUGCUGUGUAUAAUAACCUGACCUAUAAUAAAUACUGUGUAUAAUAACCUGACAUACCAUAAAUACUGUGUAUAAUAACCUGACCUAUAAUACAUACUGUGUAUAAUAACCUGACAUACCAUAAAUACUGUGUAUAAUAACCUGACAUACCAUAAAUACUGUGUAUAAUAACCUGACCUACAAUAAAUACUGUGUAUAAUAACCUGACCUAUAAUAAAUACUGUGUAUAAUAACCUGACCUAUAAUACAUACUGUGUAUAAUAACCUGACAUAUAAUACAUACUGUGUAUAAUAACCUGACCUACAAUAAAUACUGUGUAUAAUAACCUGACCUAUAAUAAAUACUGUGUAUAAUUAAUAAUACUAAUAACCAGACAUAUAAUAAAUACUGUGUAUAAUUAAUAAUACUAAUAACCAGACAUAUAAUAAAUACUGUGUAUAAUAAUACACACAUAAUAAUUAUAGCCUGAACCCUGCACUCUAAAUGAUUUGUUUUAAUGUCUCUGUGAUUAGUUACAUUUAAACUUCCUUGUGGUAAAUGGGCCUGGAAUAAAAAAAAGCCCAGGAAUGGAGAUUGAGUAGUUCCUGGCUACAGAGUAUACUUCAUGCUCACAUUAUAUCCAUAGGCAAUGGGUUUAUUCACUAAACAGUGAAUUGAGACCGACAUGGCGAAAUAUAAACCAAAACAGCUGAUUUGGCGAUUGUAGCUCAAAUUUCGCAGCUUGGUUUUCAGUUAUUAAUAAUAGUUGUAAAGCACCAACAAAUUCUGCAGCGCUGUACAAUAAGUGGACUAAUAGACAAGAGCUUGUAAACAGAGGAGUUGGACGCCCAGGAUCCCAGGGGGUAGAGGGUUCUGGUCAAAUGAACUUACAUUCUAAUCUAGAGGGUUUAACUGCAAUUCAUUAUUUAAUGGGAAAACAUGUUGGGCAUAUAUACUGAAAUGUAAAUUGAUGGAAAUCCAAAAUUAAUGUUGAAAUUUUAGCCUAGAAUAGAUAAAUCUGAUAAAUUUGCAGUUUGGAUAUCUUGGGCCAAAAGUUUGAAAUUCAUUUUUGAAUUUCUGACAAGUCACAGUUUUUGGUGUACAACCCAAAAAUAUCCCUUCACAGAAUAUUGCACAGUUCGUCCCAAUUUAUAACCUGCAGGGCUGUAUUAAAUGAAGUUGAGAUCCAAAAUGUAGCCUUUUGUUAAUUAGGGGACAAACAUUCUCGUGAUGUGUUUUUUUUUAUUUUUUAGAUUUGGCAAUAUCACAAAUGUAUUCUGAUUUAGUUGGAUUAUCGGUGACUAGUAUUGGCACUUCAGGUCUGUGCCAACUAUAAUUCACAUUUCUGUGAUGUACAUUUUUGGUAAGGCUGACUGAGCUCUGCUUGACAUGAUUAUGUAGUUAACAGACAUUUACAGUGCCAAUGUUACCCAUAACUGUGUCUAGUAUACAUUUAUUGCUUUGUUUUUAAGUGCUUCACCUGAUCCAGUGUACCUUUCUGUGUAUCCUGCUCAAUUGUCAAACCCUUUGUGAAAUUGUCAGUGAUCUAUAUUUAGUUAUAAGUAAUCUAAAUUCUUGUCUGCUUAGUCAUCUCCGUUUAUUAUAAUGAUGUGAAUGCCACUAAAUUAGGCUUCCUGGUAUAUUGGCACUCUAUGGACAAAAACAAUUCUUUGCAAGCAGUAUCAAAGUAUUUAUUUGUUUUUAGAAAAUGUGUGAACACUAAAGCAGGGCAGUGUAAACUCCAUACCCACUACAGCUUGGGCUGCCAUCUGAGACUUUGCAUUUUCUACACAACCUCUGGGUACACACACACACACUUUAAAAUAUAUAUUUUCAAUGUUUAUUGACACCCUCUUCUUUUACUGUAUGAAGCUUCCCUGCCUUAAGUGUCAGGGGAUAGCUGGUUCCUGGCUCCUGUUGCGCUCCUCGGCUACCUGCGUGUUGGGAGUAAGCGCUCAGACAUCACAUCUUAUCUUCCUGGCCAGUCACUUAUUGAAAGUGGAUCUGCAGUGCUGUUAAUUAUGGGACCUGGUUUGAGAGUGAACAUCAUUAGGGUCUACUUGGGGAGAUAUUCCCAUGCUAAGCCAUUGGCUUGUGCGGACUCCUUACACAAGUACUGUUUGUACAUCCCUAUGGUAGCCCUGAAAGCCGCUAAUACUAGCAUUUAUAUGACUAAAAGUCUCUGCUUAUUGUCCCUUACAUUUUUCACAAACCAGUCAGGAGCAUUUUGACCAAAAAAAGGGGCUCUUCCCAGAGACUGCCCACUACUCAACAGCAUUGUUAAUAUAGAAUUUACAUUUCCACAUUAUCAGUGUCCAUUUCAUACAACCUAGGCUCUUAAUUUGUUGAAAGGUAAUAUGUCUGUCAGCUGAUCCCAGGAAAUAGCUUAACUGUAUUGUUUAUGUACCUUAAAGUGCCCCUAUAAACCUUGAUCAUCACAAGAUGGACUAUUCGUAAUCUAAAACUGAUCAGACAUUUGUUAUGUUUUUUUUUUACUGCGUUCUGUAUUGUGCAGCCAUUUAUACAGAUUUGACAAGUUUGGUUUUUGAAAUAAAACAAAAACAUUCUACAGAAUCUGUUAACGUUUGAAACAAGUGUAAUUUUUUUAUGUUAUUCCUAAUUUUUCUGUUGCUUGAUAAAUACCAUUGCACAGCAAAAUGUAUGUCCAAUUUAAGUCCAUGUGCAUAGCAUUUCUCAUUAAAAAAAUGAAUAAAACUUUUGCUAUUUUGGGUUAAAGUGCAAAGGAUCAUUUGUCAUGAAAGCUUUUAGAAUGGUUCACAAAAUUGAGCUUUUUCUUCUAGUUUUGCAUUGAUCUAUCUUGCUAAAGCUGUUGCAUAUAAUUAGGGUCCAUAUUUGCAUGGCACAAUUCUCCAAGGUGCUGGGUCCUCACAGAUGUUCAACAUUUUCGUGUAAUAAGAGUCCUACAAAUCCACUUAUUGAUCCUUUUCUCUUAGUUUACACUUUUUUUUUUCUUUUUCUUUUUUUACGGUUACAGAGAUGAAGGUUGGCAUAAAAGGGCACAAUUAAGCUGUUGUUGCCUCAUGCAUUAAGCAUCUCAGAAAAAUUUAGUAUGCAUUUUUUUCAUCAUGCAUACAAUACUGAGAGUUAACUACUUUACAUACUUUGUGUAGCCUUGGCUAAGCUAAAGUUUAAGCUAUUCGGUUAUGCUAAAAGUGAGGGAGAGACAGUUCCUCUUUAAUCCGAAGUUAGGCAGAUAGUUUGUUCUAUUUCCUAGUUUAUUUUCUUUCAUCCACUAAACUGAGUGUUGGGUAAAACUUCUGAAAGUUUCAAGGACCAGGCAUUAUGCAUAUCUGAAGUGUAUUAUGAACUGGAUAAGUUAAAUAACCAACAUAUACAUUGUGAUGAGGACAUGAAAAUUUCUGAAAAGCAUGUCAUACUCAAAGUCUAGCACGGGCCACAUAAACAAGGUUUAAGUUUAUGUGGGCCGCAAAAAGAAACCACCUUAAAUUUUCAUCGAAACAUAGGUUUAUUUUGAAAAGUACAAUAUAAAGAAUCUCACAGCACACCCCUCUACUAAAUCCCAGCACCCCCCUCUAGCCAACAAGCAGACUCCACUCACAUUGCCGCUGCCAGUAUGCGACUCCGGAGUCCGGCCUCUGGAAUAACCCAGCUGGCGCCAUCCACACCCUGUUCCAAAUCUGAUCCUCUCGCUACUUCUUGAAACCCUUUGGAGGUGGAGCACGUUGAUGUCACGUCGGAAUGUGACGUGGCGUUGCGUGCCUCCAGGUACUCCACUGUCCAGUCGCAGCCAAUGCAACACUGACCAACACACACACUCACUGACAGACACACACGCACACAUUUACAUACACUUACACAUUCUUGCACACACAUCAUUUUCUUAUAUUGCUGCCUACCUUUUGGAGCCGAUGUGGGAACUCUCCCUGGGGUCCAGUGGGGAUCUUCUAUCUGCUCCCUCGCGCGGUUUAGUGGUGCCGGAAUAUAACGUCAUAUUCCGGCGCCCGGCUUCACUACAGAUGGCGCGCACGACGGAGAAGCGAGGAGCAGGAACACUGUGCUCCAUCGCUGGCCAUCCUCCCAGGCCGGGUUUUUUUUUUUUUUUUAGCAGAGUAGGAACCUGCAAUGUGGGGAGAGCAGUUUGCUUUAUUAUUUUAUUUUUAAUGUCAGUUAAUAUUGACCACAAUCCGGCACUCUCCUGUCUUCUGAGACUUCUGUUGAUUAAUUUUGUUACCAUAAUAUUUACCAUAAUAUUUGUUUCUGUUAAGAAUAUAAAAUUGUGAUUGGGUUUGCAAGCAUCUUUUAUCCAGUUUAUUUUAUUUGGCAAGUAUCUUACUCUCUUUUUAAGCACUUUGCAUGCCAUAUUCCCCUAGUCCAAAUAAAAGAUUUGGACAGUAAUGAAGUCUUUGUGGCUGAAUAUGGGGUUCAGCCAUCCCACAUCCCCCCCCAGCCCCACCCCACAUACAACAGCCAAAAUGUAAAAAUAAAUAGAAAACAAAACAAAAAACAAUGCAACACAGUAAUGUGGUUUAAUAAUCCCACUGACAAAUCUGACACAAAUAAUCAGUGUUUUGUUUGAUACAUGUUCUUGCGGCUUCAUCUUAUUAAUACAUUUUUUUUCUUUCUCAUUGUUAUGAGCAGGAAUUUUUUUUAAUGUAUGUAUUUCAAGCAUGUUGACCUAUAUUACUUCCUAUGCAGAGUAAUACCUAUAACUAAUGCACCUGCAUGAUCUAUUUUCCAAAUCCGCUGGGUAUGUUACAUUGUAUUGCAGGUAAUAUAUAAAGUAAUGUGAGAUAAUGUUGUUGCAAACAUUUGGGUCUGUUCUUGGGCUUUGACUUGGGAGUUUAGACUUCCUAGUGUGUAGGGAAGCUAUAGAGCUCGAGUGCUAAGCUCUUUAUUGGUUUAAGUAAUGUGAAAGCAUGCAACAGCAAUACCCAGAUUUUUAUAGCAGUGUAUCUUAGUGGCGGCUCCUGAUAGCUAUGCAUAUUUGGUGUAUGAGUACAGUUCCAGUUUUGCUGAGUUAGGUUAUCCUUAUUUAUUUUGUGUUUGUUUAUUUUCCAUUAAAAAAAAAACAAACAAACAAACAUUGCUGGCUAUUUACUAAAUGCCAACCUGCAGGGAAAUGCUGUUUAGUUGUCACAAUUUGAAUGAUUUAACCAAAUAUAACACAUUUGACUAUUGAUAAAAGCAUUCACUUCAUGGUGAAUAUUCUGAACAUUAGAUGGAUAUUAUUAGCUGAAUGCUAGAGAAUUGAGUCGAGUGAUAGUUGGCAAAUUUGCUUGAGAAAAUGUAGUGUCAUGUGAAUGCACCUCUGUUUAUGCUCUGUAGGUCUUACCUGCAGUGUUUUCUUUUUGCUCCAAAAAUAUUGCUUUGUUGAUUUGAAGUGGUCAUAGUGCCUACAGUAUGUAUGUGCAGCUUUUUGCUUUGAAACACUACACAUACAGAGUCUAACUCCUUUGCUGCAGAAAGUGUGAUUCUAUCUCUGGCAGCAUCAUAUGGGGUGUCAUAUGGGAAAGCAUUGGAUUGGAUGAUAUUAGAGGUAGAGCUACAGUGAGGAGGCUGGCAUAAAAAAAGAAAAGUAAAACGCCUUUUUAAAACUCUGGCAGCGCUGGCCUAUUCACCUAAAUGGUAAUUAGGGCACUAUAGCGUUCGGAAUACAUAUUUGUAUUCCUAACGCUAUAUUGUUCCUUUUAUAUACAAAAUAAAAAUAAUUUUAAUUGCUUUCUUUAAAUUAUUAUUUAUUUAAUUUUAAAGUUUUUGUUUGCAUGUGUGUGUGUGUGUGUGUGUGUUACUUGAAAGAUUAGAAUAUCGUGCAAACGUUAAUUUAUUUCAGUAAUGCAACAUAAAAGGGAAAGCUAAUAUAUGAGUUAGACGCAUUACAUGCAAAGCAAGCUAGUUCAAGCCGUGAUUUGUCAUAAGUGCGAUGAUUAUGGCUUACAGCUCAUGAAAACCCCAAAUCCACAAACUCGGUAAAUUAGAAUAUUGUGAAAAGGUGGAGCCUGGAGAGGAUUGUCAGGAAAAGACCUUUCAAAAGUGUUGGGGACUUUCACAAGGAGUGGACUGAGGCUGGAGUCAGUGCAUCAAGAGCCACCACACACAGACGGAUCCUGGACAUGGGCUUCAGAUGUCGUAUUCCUCUUAUCAAGUCGCUCCUGAACAACAAACAACGUCAGAAGCGUCUUACCUGGUCCAAAGAAAAACAGACCUGGUCUGUUGCUCAGUGGUCCAAAGUCCUCUUUUCUGAUGAGAGCAACUUUUGCAGCUCAUUUGGAAACCAAGGACCCAGAGUCUGGAGGAAGAAUGGAGAGGCACACACUGCAAGAUGCUUGAAGUCCAGUGUGAAGUUUCCACAGUCUGUGUUGAUUUGGGAAGCCAUGUCAUCUGCUGGUGUUGGUCCACUGUGCUUCAUUAAGUCCAGGGUCAACGCAGCCGUCUACCAGGAGAUUUUGGAGCACUUCAUGCUUCCUUCCGCAGAUGAGCUUUAUGGGAUGCUGACUUCAUUUUCCAGCAGGACUUGGCACUUGCCCACACUGCCAAAAGCACCAAAGCCUGGUUCAAUGACUGUGGGAUUACUGUGCUUGAUUGGCCAGCAAACUCGCCUGACCUGAACCCCAUAGAGAAUCUAUGGGGUAUUGCCAAGAGAAAGAUGAGACCGAACAAUGCAGAAGAGCUGAAGGCCGCUAUUGAAGCAUCCUGGUCUUCCAUAACACCUCAGCAGUGCCACAGGCUGAUAACUUCCAUGCCACGCCGCAUUGAGGCAGUAAUUGCUGCAAAAGGGGCCCAAACCAAUUACUGAGUGCCUGCUUAUACUUUUCAGAGGUCCGAUUAUUGUUCUAUGCACACUCAUUGUUUUAUUGAUUGCAUGUAAUAUUCUAAUUUACUGAGAUUGUGGAUUUGGGGUUUUUCAUGAGCUGUAAACCAUAAUCAUCGCACUUAUGACAAAUCACGGCUUGAACUAUCUUGCUUUGCAUGUAAUGCAUCUAUCUCAUAUAUUAGCUUCCCCUUUUACGUUGCAUUACUGAAAUAAAUGAACUUUUGCACGAUAUUCUAAUUUUUCGAGUAUCGUGUGUGUGUGUGUAUUUAAAAAAAAAUAAAAAAUUAUUGGGUCAGUUCUAACCUAGGGUGUUCAUUUAAGGAAAGUGAAUUUUAAGAAGAAUUAAGUCAACUGAAUCGUGACAUGCCUCACUUAUUCCUGUUGCUAAACAGGUGCACGCAUACACAUUUUCAUUCUUUCUUUCUUUCUUACGUUGGUGAAACGGUUACCUUUGAAAGAGCGGAGUGUAGGAAAUGAGGUAUACAAAGGAAAUGGCUUAACCAAGAUCAGCUGAAAUAGAGCACGUGCUACUUUGUUUUUGUUGAUGCUAGCAUACCAGCUGAGAAUUUGUUUUUUUUUUGAGUGCUUCAAAAUCUACUUUAAAGGAUCACUCUAAGCACACAGACCACUUCAGCUUAAUGAAGUGGCCUGGGUGCCAGGUCUCUCUAGGAUUAACCCUUUUUUUUUUUUUUUUUAUAAACAUAGUUUCAGAGAAACUGCUAUAUUUAUGUUAGGGUUAAUCCAGCCUCUAAAGCCUUUAGUGGCUGUCUCAUUGACAGCCGCUAGAGGCGCUUGCGUACUUCUCACUGUGAAAAUCACAGUGAGAAGAUGCCAGCGUCCAUUGUAAAGCAUUGUAAAUGCUUUCCUAUGAGACCGGCUGAAUGCGUGCAUUCAGCCGAAGAGGAGGAGGAGAGCUCCCCGCCCGGCGCUGGAGAAAGAGGUAAGUUUAACCCUUUUCCUCUCCCCAGAGCCCGGCGGGAGGGGGUCCCUGAGGGUGGGGGCACCCUCAGGGCACUAUAGUGCCAGGAAAACGAGUAUGUUUUCCAGUCACUAUAGUGGUCCUUUAAUAAAAGUUUCUUUUUUUUUUUUUCUUCUUCUUUUUUUUAUUUUUUUUUUUUUGUCCACCUUCUUCUUUAAAAUUAAGUUAUUGUAAACAUGAUUGUAUCAUAUUUUAGGUGUCAGAAAACGUUCAUAUCCCCCCUGACUACCUGCUGAAAAUCUGUGAGCGUAUUGGGCCUAUUCUAGACCAGGAAAUCCCACAGAGUGUGCCUGGUGUACAGAGUCUUCUUGGAGUUGGGAAACAGUCCCUUUUAAGAAGAGCUAAAGGUAAGGGUGAGAGUCCGUGAAUAAUGGUUGUUUUAGUAUAACUGACUAAGACAAUAACUAUUGUGUUUUAAAGAAUUGCAGUUGUUUAUAUUUUGUGUUUUGUUCUUGUCUAUUUAUGAAAAUCUUCUAGGUUGUCUAUAGAUUAAUUUUGCAUGCUGACACAGAUUUGGAGAAUACAGUGGCAAUCAAAAUACACAGAAUUAUGCUAUCAAUCCAUGUCAGUUUCCAACCCACAAUUUAAGGCACGCCAACUAUCAAAGGUUUAUGCAUUUUUAUUAGUUGUGUUCCAAUGGGCAUACUAAGAAAACACACAAUAUUGGCGUUCUUUAAGGACUAGUUCGGAAACCACUUCUAUAUACUCAUUUUAUGAUGUCUUUAUAAGCCACACUUGCACAGAAAGGCCAGUUAGGCCUGCCUGAGCAUACUGAGAACGUGUUCCCUUUUCUUAUUCAAGCAGGUAUCAGGCAUCUAUUUGUAUUGUGUUUAUAUACUAAAGGGUUAUGUCAAGCACCAUGGCCACUUCAGUGAUUUGAUGUGGUCAUGGUACCUGGAGUCUGUAUGUGCAUAGUUGCGCUUUAAAAUGCUGCGAAUAUGCAGUAUAACACCUCGGCUGCAGGAGUUGUAAUCCCACCUCUAACAGUGUCAUUGCGGUGUCAUCAACCAGUGUCCAUUCUGCACAAAUUUCAUUGCACAGAAUGUGAGUCAUUAGCUGCAAGUGGUCAUCCGAUGGUCUCAGCCAAUGGAUGGUAAUGGAAGUGCAUUGCCAUCCCAACGGUAACCCAUGUCAGGGAGUAAAACAUUGUUAAACAUUUUGCCCCAUUACUGGGCAACUAGGCCGGGGUACAUCUGGCAUCAUUACUACUGCAACGGUCUGUAGUUGAUAUGAUUAUUGUAACAAUUCUUUCAGUGUGAAUAUAUUAUACAGUACUAAUAACACAAGUUAAAACAGUUCAUUUUGAAACAGUUUUUACACACAGCACUGUUACAUUUCUUAUCAUCUAAAUAUGGAAUUGGAGGAAUGGCAAGGGCAACUAUUUUAACCUAAAAUUUAGAAUUCCCUUUUCAGUUUCAAGUUCUAAUUUAGGGAAUAAACUAACAUAGGAUUUAAUUACUAAACUAUUAAAUGAAACUGAAAACCUGGGUAAAAUAGACACAUCUUUUAGUUGGAGAAUCUUUUUCAAUAUGCUCUAUUUUGGCUUAAAUGUUACCGUUUCGAUUUCUGUUUUCAGCUUUGUGAAUAAACGUCAUAUGUUUGCUUUUUACUGUGCUGUUUAUUAUUUCUAUAUAUUGUGCAAGCAGCAGCCAAUGAAAUCAAUGAGGAAGUAUCUACUAUUGAAAUUACCCGUUUCCCUUCCUCCCAAUUACUAUCUAAUGGAUGAGAGGCACGAAGAAGCCACCAUUUCUUUUCUCCUCUUGCCAGAUGAAACAAGGAAGCAUGUCAGUCCAUUUAAACAAGAACUGCUAGCUUCCUUUUUUUUUUUUUUUUUUUUCUUUCUUUCACUGAAGAAAUAUACCAAGAAUAAUUGGAACAUAAAUUCACUUACUUGCACUUCCAUUUAGCAAAUCAUCGUCCCAUUCCUAUUCUACUUUACACAUGAGCGAUUUCAAUUUGUAAUUAAUUCCACUAGGAUAUGAAAACUGAGACCCAUUCAAGAUUCUGCUCAUAUGUGCAUAUAGCGUAAACUGUCUUUUUUUUUUUUUCAUCAUUUCCUCUUGUUUUAACGACCUGUUAACUCAUGGAGGACGGAUUUCAGGAUGCUUGGGAAGGGGGUUUGCCUUUUAGGUCAUGGGACAUGUAAGUUUAUGUGCAUUAAUGGCCUUAGCUGUGCAUUUUCUAAAGGCAGUUGGGACAUCAUUGGGACAUCAUUGGUAUCUUUAAUAUAGUGUGAAUAAAAUCUCAAGCGUGCUGUGUAUAUAAAAAAAAAACAAAAAACAAACAAAAUAAACAAUGCUUCAAGUAACUGCUUAAAUUUUCGUUGUGUGUUUAAAAAGGCUCUUAUGUGAAUCUUAAACGUUUUAAAUGCAAUAAAAUCACAACAAAGUUCAAUUAAUUUACUAGUUAUUAGCUGAUAGAACAGGAAUGUGUUUUAUUUUAUAUAUGUAUGCUUUCAAUUUUCAAAAUGAGCAAUCUGUGAUAUUUAUAAAAAGUGAUGGAUAUGUACCCCCAGAUUGUCGCCAUACACCAUGGAGAGGGUCCGCUUUUGCAGCUUUACACAGGGGAAGACCACCGGAACUUCCAGUGAAUUAUGGAAGGCCCCUAAAUAUUGGUAAGUUCUGUUUUGGUUGUAAUUAACUGGUUCAUGGUUUGUGCAAAUCAUGAUGUUAUAUUAGUAUAUGAGCACCGCCUAUCCUUUGUUUUAUAAUUGGGAAUCAGUUGACUUCUUAUGUUCAAAUGAUGGACAUGAUGUGAAUUCAGUUAUUCUGGUCUUCAUGCCAUAAUAUGCUUCACCUAAAUGAAUACUCUUAGUCCUAUGUAUAGUAUGGGACAGCUUUUUAAUGGUAUGUCAUGUCUUUUAUUUUUAUUCUCGUAAUAAAGUUCUCUUCUGAGAACUUUGUUUUAGAAUUUUCAAGAUGUCAGUUUUCAGGAAAUGCAGUAUUUUGUGUGUGUGUGUCAAUUCGCAACCUUUGUGGAGAGGGAUCUAUAUAAUUUGUCCGUAGCAUUAGCUUGCAGAUACAUUUCUCAUGCUCCGUGGCAAAAUUCCUGUAAAAAGCACCUUUCUUGGACAUGUCUCCAUUGCACUGGCGAGUUGGGUAGUUGUCCUGGACCUUACAAAAGUAAAGUGCUUUUUAUUUUUUUUUCCCCUCCAUAGAGGCCUACUAAAAAUGAAAUGCAAACCCAUUGGCAGGGGUUGUAACUGCGGGUAUACAUGUUUCUCAUUCUGUUCACUAAAUAGGUUUUAACAAUUGAAAUAAUUUAUUCAUUAGUAAUAUGUGUGGCUGUAUUUUCUGCCCUCUGUAAAUGGCAUAUCUGUAGGCUAAAUUGCACAAGAAAAUCGAAAUGUCAUGUAAACAAUACAUUUGCUGUUGUUCGUGUAGCACUGUGUGUACAUUGCAUGUUCUUGUCUAGAAAGACACUUUUGUCAAUGACAGAUGCACUUUAUGUGGACAUUUAUUCUGAAUGUUUGUUUUUCUUCAAAUGUGAGAGCAUUUUGUAGCAUUCACAGAUAAAAACUUCAAAAGUUCAAGCAUUUUGGUUAAAGAAUGUGAAAGUCAUUUUUGAAGAUGACUGUUGUAAGAUUUGACAAAAUGAAAAGUGCAAAAUAAAUAUUUUCUUCCUGUCAAAAAUAUAAUCAGAUUGUAUGACUGUUUAUCAGCAGAUUUAGGCUGUAAUUUUCUUUUUGUUAGUGAUCUAAAAGUCAUUUUUAUUAAAGAGGAACGUUCAUUUUGCAAUGUUUUAAUUUUCUGGUAGACAACCACUUAUUGUUGAUAAUAUAAUGAACGGUGUGAAGGAGCUCCUGUACUCUUGCUGAGUACCUCCGCAAAAGUUUCCCAAUUACUGGAAAAGAAUCACUAAAGUGACUAUAGUCUUUCUCCAAACACCAGUCGGUGAAGAGUUAAAAUAACACGCUUUAUUGUGACAUGGUGGCAUAUUUCUAGGAACAUUCCACAUAGGGGGUUAUCCUAGUUAAGAAUGGGUCCACUCCCUAGCGCCUCAGUGUCUGGGAGAUAAUUCAGUUAACUCGAUACAACAGGUCUCCAUACAAUAUGAAUCUCAAAACAUAACUUUCCCCACAUGAAGAGGUUACAAGAUGUACAUUCCUGGACAGGACCAGCUUCCAAUAGUAAGCUUUCACAGAAGCGCACAAAUUGAAGGUAUGAGGCCUAAGUAAUUACUGAGGAAAAUGUUAUCAGGACGCGGCUCAUUGUCAAACUACAUGUCUGUUCGUCCACCCAUUGUAAAGCGCUGCAGAAUUUGACGGCGCUCUAUAAAUAUCAUAAUAAUAAACUGACGUACAGUUCCAGGCUGUUGUCGAUCAAGUGCUGGUUAUCAUAAAGAGGUAUUUGUGGAAGGGGGCUCCACCUGACUUGCCUUACCUCCAGUUAGCCCUCUCCUAUAUGCCCUUGUGUAGGUAUAGUAGUUGUAGAAAGUUCUGCCAGACCUCUGGCUGAGUGGAAGUCGUUGCCGGCUUGCCUGUAUCUCCCAGAGGUGCACUUCUGGCUUUCCCGGCCAACAUGAAUGUUGUUGGGUGGUAAAUCAGCGCUUUGUUGCCUAGAGGGUAGAUGGACAUAUGGAGCUGUAGGCAAGGGUGUGAAGUGGCUAUUUUGGGUGGGAGUUGCAUAGAGUCCUGCACCAGUUGUUAGUGCAAUCUGGGCAGGCUCCAUCACAGAACGCACUUGCCUAUGCUAAUGUUUACAGUAGUUUUCGGGAGUGUCCAGGUGACCCUGUUUUAUUAACCUUGUUUAAGUUCCCAAGUUAGAGAAAUCAAAUCAAAUGGCUAAUCUUAGUGAAGAUUCAGCAUUCUAUCGGGUUUUUAAAUGCAAUUCCCAUAACAAUUCAUUUCUACUGUAUAACAAAGUCCUAUCUGGUUUAAAUUCAUAUAACAUGACUGGACCACUUUAACUUAGGACUGCCUCCAGAUCUUGUUGAUUCUUAGUUGCGAUAAUACUUGGCCAUCUCAAUUAUUGGAGUUUGUAGUACAUUAGAAACGUAGAAACAUAGAAUGUGACGGCAGAUAAAAUCCAUUCGGCCCAUCUAGUCUGCCCAAUUUUCUAAAUACUUUCAUUAGUCCCUGGCCUUAUCUUAUAGUUAGGAUAGCCUUAUGCCUAUCCCACGCAUGCUUAAACUCCUUUACUGUGUUAACCUCUACCACUUUAGCUGGAAGGCUAUUCCAUGCAUCCACUACCCUCUCAGUAAAGUAAUACUUCCUGAUAUUAUUUUUAAACCUUUGCCCUUUUAAUUUAAGACUAUGUCCUCUUGUUGUUGUAGUUUUUCUUCUUUUACAUAUAGUAUCCUCCUUUACUGUGUUGAUUCCCUUUAUGUAUUUAAAGCAAAGGUACAUUCAGAUUACUCUGGUUUUCAAGUACGUCCAGGGGAUGUUACCUUAGCCCAACAUCCAGGGGUUGUUACUUUUACCCAAUUUAAUGGUACUCAUUUUAUCUACCCCGGAAGGUAUUUAUCUACCCUCCUCUUGCUAUUUAAUUGCUUAAAUAAACUGAUAAAAAAAAUUUUUUCUUUUUUUUCAUUAGUGAAUGUCAUCUCAGCCAGAGAGCUUACUGGAUGUGCACGCUUCAGCCACAUAAUCCCAGUUCCAACCUACCAGCAAAUGAAAAUGCACAAGAGGAUUCUGGGCCACUUGUCGUCUGUGUACUGUGUGGCUUUUGACCGCAGUGGAAGGCGCAUCUUUACUGUGAGUUUGUGAAAGAAUAGAAUCUGAGUGUAUUUUGUUCAAAGCCAAAAUUGUUACUGGGACACUUUCUUGUAGCAGCAAGUAAGGUUUUAUUGACCAAUGUAAAGGGAUAUAAAGCAUGUUUACAUAUUCAUUUGUGUAGGGUGUAAUGUAGCAACAACAGUCCAUUCAUACACAGCAUAGUAAAUACAGAGGAAAUUAGGAAUGUUUGGCCAGUCCGUUUUUAUUUGGAGACAAAAGAUGGUCUCCAAGAUAAAGAUAUAUAAAAGAAAAUAUGUAAAUGUGGAUAAACUGGACUGCAAUAAUAAAACCGAUUAUGCAGAAUUUGCAACAAAGGCCGCCCGAUUUAAAUGCAAAGUUCUGCUAAUGGUAAAAAUUUCAUAAGCUGAAAUAUAAUAAAAUAUUUUUUCUUUUUAAUAAAAAUAAUGUUUUAGAGCAAUCCAUGGUAAUUUGAAAACAAAAACCAUAAACUAAAUGAGAGUGAGGAGGAAUGUAUGCAAACCUGGUGUGUAUGUAAUAAAAAUCAAAACAGGUCCCCCAUCUCUGGGACUGAAAGAUUCAUUGUUAGACAGAUAUUACACCAUUUAGUUUCAAUAAUGGUCUCCGGUCAGUGCCAAUUAUAAGAUCAAUGUAUAUCAUGGCACUUCUCACUGAACUGCCCUUAAGGGAUGUGAUUGAAACAAAAUCAUGUUUGAGUUUUGCAUGGAAUUGUUUAUGAAAUUUGCGUUACCAGGAAGAAAACUGUUCCUCGAUACUGAAAAGAGCCUAAAAGCUCUCAUUGAUCAUAGUCAGAGAGAGGUUUUAAGCAAUCCUAUGUGUGUACAUGUGUACGUUCUUGCUCAAAUAACUCAUAUGUCCACUCACAGACUAUAGAUUAAAAAAAAUAUAUAUAUAUAUAUAUAUAUAUAUGAUGUGCAUGUUAAUGUAAUUCCUAUUAUAUAUAUUUUUUUUUUUUCACAAUCUAGCAAUAACAAGAGAACAGUGUAGGAUGUAAAUGCAUUGUUUUGGCAAUGUUACAAGUUUGGUUUGUCUGUACUGAAGGAUGGGCACUGUAUCCUUCAUGGUUUGUAAUAGAUUUCUAAUAUUUGGAAAUUGUGGAACUUGUUAUAUGUGACAGCAGUUCUGUUUGGAAUGGCAGACCUGGCCCAACAUCCCUCCUCACCCCCACACUGCCAGCAUUCCUCUGACAUGCUAUAUUAGAAUUUGUGUAGCAACCACAAGGUCCUGUACUAGUUCACUUUUUACCUAACGUGGUCUUCCGACGAGACACAAACCUGGUAUUCGCAUAGAGCCUUCUCUGGAGGAGUUGUUAAAGGGAAGAAAUUUAAUUUUCUAUAUAUUCUUCCUUGAGACAACUUUGUAUGAAAAUCCAUGAGAUUUCCAUGUAAAUGAAGUCUUUGCAUAAGCAGUUUAUAGUAUGGUUCAGCUGACAAUAGCUGAACUGUUAAAGGCUAAAGUGGUAGUGGUAACCAAUCUGAGAGUGUGGGGGUAGUUGGGGAGGGGCAGGAUGGUAGUUUGUAUCGGUGUUUGCCCCUGUAAUACUAAGCUAGUCUGUUUGUUUGCUCUGUUUUGUAUUGCUUACUUGCAUCAUGUCUUAAAAACUCAUUUAUUCCAGGGAUCAGAUGACUGUCUUGUAAAGAUAUGGGCCACUGAUGAUGGUCGACUUCUCUCCACUCUUCGUGGGCAUGCAGCUGAAAUCUCAGACAUGGCUGUGAAUUACGAGAACACCUUGAUUGCCGCUGGUAGUUGUGACAAGGUGGUGCGUGUGUGGUGUCUGCGCACAUGUGCACCUAUAGCUGUGCUACAAGGUCAUACAGCCUCAAUCACUUCCAUACAGGUGAUAUAAAGAUCAUAUUAUGCUCAGUACCAUAGUAACAUAUAACUGACCAUGUCAAGAUUCCAAAAGGUUUUUUAUUUUUUUUCCAUUUUCGGACUAGUUUUGAAAUUACAGGGACACCUCAGGCACUAGGAGAGCAUUAUAGGUACACAGUAAUUUGUCAAUUGUUUAGCGCAAUGGGCGUGUUAAACAAAUCCACCUUGACAAAUUUCCUUUGACAAAUCCAUAUUGGCAUUGUUUCUGCCAGCAGUAGUGAAUAUUUACAGGUUUCUUUAAAUAGUCUGUUCAGUAUGACUAACAGGGUCAGUAGUAAUUCUGCCAUGCCAAAAGUGUUGCAGGUAUUGGCAUGGCUGAAUUCUCCUCUACCCGUAAUCAUCGUAUCCCUCAUUGCACAGGUGUAUAAAGAAUUACCAGGUUUUGCUAAUGAAUAGGCUCAUCUAGAAAAAUACCUGCAACAAGAGCAAUCUGUCUAUUUCCAGAUGUAGUCUGUGUUAUCCAUAUGGGUUGUUUUUUUUAAUUCACUGUUGAUUUUCGGUUUACCUGCAAAACAUCAGGAUUCAGAUUCCUUUGGAAAUAUGUGAUCUAUAAACCAUUUCUAUUCCACAGUUUUGUCCAGCAACUAAAGGAAAAAUUAGAUACCUCACUUCUACUGGUGCUGAUGCGACAAUCUGCUUCUGGCAGUGGCAUGUGGACGAGAUGACGUUUGAGUAUGCUUCCUUGUAUUUCUUUGUGUGCUUGAAUCAGUGUUUGUUAAUUGUAUCCAUUGAAGCCACAUUCCCAGGCCCUGCUCAAGGUUAAGAACUAGAACACAAGACCUCCCUGCUAGCCUCUCUCUUCUGCAGUAUCUUAUUCCUCCUUUAUCUGGCCUAAAGAUUACAUUACUCAGAGAAGCUUAGUGUCAUUUAUACAGAUAACGUUAGCACAUCAUGGAGGCCUUGUCAGGUUUGUUACUACUUCCAACUCUGUACGAUUAGAAUGGUCGGGAUCCACCUAUAUUAUUUAAUACAUACAGGGCUAUUCACUGAACUCCUAAUUUUCACUAAUGAUAAAUGGCAAAAAAAGCCAAGCUGUGAGUAUUUUUUUUCUUUCUUUCCUUCUUAAAUAAAAUCCUUUUUUUGUCUCUGCAGUGAUCGCCCUGUGAAGUUCGCUGAGCGGUCCAGACCUGGCGUUCAGAUUUCUUGUUCCUCCUUUAGCUCCGGUACAUGUCAUAACAUUACAAAGUCACAAAUAAUCAAAAGUAUUGAGUUUUAUAGAGUCCACCACAAAUUUAGCGCACUGGAUUUUUUUUUUUUUUCCAUUCUGUACAUGCUGAAAUUAUUAGUUUGUGUUGUAAUUUGUGCCUUUUUAUUCGGGCAUCCUUGAUGACCUGGUCAAAUUACCCAGGAAUUCUCCAUAUUCUUAAACCAUUUGUCAUGCAUAACCUGAAAAGGCACCAUUUUAAUCUGCAAAUGAUGUCUUCUAUACAUUAUGCUAGCCAAAUGACUGCAGAUUUGCAGACAGUGAGUAGUAAAUAAAUGCAUUUAAGGGGUAUCGUAUUCCAGCACUCCUAACUUUUGUCUUAAACGACCAUUAUAGGCACGCAGACCACUUCAGCUCAAUUAAGUGGUCUGGGUGCCAGGUCCCUCUAGUUUUAACCCUGCAGCUGAAAACAUAGCAGUUUCAGAGAAACUGCUAUGUUUUACUGAGGGUUAAUCCAGCCUCUAGUGGCGAUCUACCUUACAGCCACUAGAGGCUGCUCCCGCGAUUUUCACAGUGAGAAGACGCUGACGUCCAUAGAAAAGCAUUGAGUAAUGCUUUCCUAUGGGAGGUUUGAAUGCGCAAGUGGUUCUUGCUGCGCAUGCGCAUUCGGCGCUGAUCUCUGCAGGAGGAGGAGAGUUCCCCAGCACCGAGGGAGCCAUGCAAUAGAGAAAGGUAAGUGGCUGAAGGGGUUUUGACCAUGAGGGUGGGGGGGCCUAAGGACUACAUAGCACCAGGAAAAUGAGUUUGUUUUCCUGGCACUAUAGUGCUCCUUUAAUAAUUUUAUCUAUAACUUUAUCUGCACGUGUUUGUUGAAAAUGACAUUGGUGUCUGAUUACACUCUCUUUCUCUGGUGUUUUGUUUCUUAGGUGGUAUGUUUAUAGCCACAGGCAGUACUGACCAUGUAAUAAGGAUAUAUUACCUGGGCUCUGGUACACCAGAAAAGUUGGCAGAACUGGAGGGGCAUUUGGUAAGACAUUUAAGUUUGGUAAACUCACUGAAAGCAGCAUGCUUGCCUACUACUGUUCUAAAAUAAUAUUGUUCGUGCAAACUUAUCCUGUACACAAGAGGCACAUGUGAGAUGUAGAGCAUUAUUAAAGAAAUGCACAAGCCUGUGGUUGUAUGGCAUUUUUUCUGUUGAUAUGGGACCAAAUAUGACCACUCCAUGAGCAUAAUGGGGCUGUGACUUCACCUUCGCAUGAAAGUUUUUUACUUCCCUGCACUACAGUUAACAACCCAGUAACAGCGUCAGUUCAAAAUGCUGGGGUGAACAAUAAUUUUCAGAGACGUUACAACUCCUUUUGAAGAAGGUUUUUCGCUAGACACCACAUUUUAUAGAACCGAGAACUACAUUUGCUAAUUUUUUGGAUAAAAGAGCCAAAUUGUAAAUUAUUGUCCAACUCCAUUGAUUUUUUUUUUUUUUUAAAUCAAUUGUGCAAUUUGUUUUGCAUUUCACUAUAAGUGUGUUUUGUGAAUAAGUCCCCAUAUAAACACUGUUGAUCUUUAGAAGAAAUGGGAAGUGUAAGGCAGCGUGCAUAAAAUUAGCAGUUUGGUCUUUUUAGAGUGCAGUUGUGAUGUCUGUGUAAUUAUGUAAAUGGUGAUGAUAUCCAACUGCAGCAGUGCAUGCCAAGAUCAGCUCUCCACUGAUUUAUAAUCAGGGUACACCAGUAGUGAUUGAUUGGCACUCGGGUUCCCUGAUAGCCCUGGAAGCCAAUUAGAGAAGACAAGUUUUACCUGUCACUUAGGGUAUGUGUUCACUGUGUUUUGCUCUGAGUGAUCAGUCAGCCUGGGGACCUAAACAGCGCAUUGUUAGGGUUAGAAAUAGUUUGACACAAGCAGUUUCACUUUACCAAACAGGCAUGUCAAACUUGAUGCUACAAGUUACCCAAAAAUCUGGUAAGGGGCUACAUGCAGGGCAUUAUUUCAAAUACAAAAAACUCUGUGAAUAUCCCCACCAAAAUAUGUGUACAAAAACACAAAAUAAUUCCUUAUAACCAGCAAAAACAUCAAAUUACAUUGCAAAAGUGCCAAAACAGCCUCAGUCUCAAAUCUUUUUGUAUUAACCAACAUAUUACUAAUUGUCAUCAGUUUACAUUAAAUUCUGCCUGCAUCUCCUUAAUAACAUUAAUCUACCCUUGCAUAUCAUGAAGCUUGACGUUCUUAUCACAGCGUAGUAACACGGUCACAAAUCACUGUCCUUUUUUUCAGGAUAAAGUAGUCGCUGUUCAGUUUUGCAAUAACGGAGACCGGUGAGUAGAGUUUUAUUUAUUUGGAAUCCGUAAGCCGUUCUUAUUUAAUGUUGUUAUACCAGCACUGAAAUUUGCCUUCUGGAAAUACUUAGCAGCUGGACAUCAACUCUAUUCUUCUUAUUCUUCUUCUGUUUUUAUUCUUUAAACAUUUAUAUAGACUAGUAAUUCAAUUUUCUGAACAUGCCAUUUUUAUAGGGCAUUAUUAGUUUUGCCCAGUGAGGGUAUUGCUGAUUUGUGCAUUUAUCAGUGCUAUAAUUAGGAGUAGUUAAACAAGUAACAAUAGUCCUUUCCUUUGUUUCUUUUAUCAUAAGCAUGGAACCUCGGAAAUAUUGGGACUGAACUUUAUCACUUAUAUUGUGUUUGCUUGCUUAGUUGUAUUUUUCUGUAGGGCAGUGAGAAUGUGCUUGCCUUCUAAAAAAUACACAAGGGUUUGUUCACAAAAUGUUGGAGCUAUCAAAUUUCAAAAUUAAUAGAAAAAGUACAGAUUUUAGAAGCAUACUCCCCUGUAGUUGUCACAAUUUCUACUAGAGUGAUUUCUAAAAAUGUAUUAUUUUUUAUUUAAUGUAAUUUUUUUUGUUCUCUGAAUGUUUCUGAACUUUAAAGGACCACUAUAGUGCCAGGAAAACAUACUCUUUUUCCUGGCACUAUAGUGCCCUGAGGGUGUCCCCACCCUCAGGGUCCCACUCCCGUGGCGCUGAGGUGGGAGGAAGGGGUUAAUCACUUACCUUUUUUUCCCCUCACCGCUGGGACUCUCCUCCCUCUUCUUCCAUCAUCGGCUGAAUGCGCAUGCGCGGAAAGAGCCACGCCCGCAUUCAGCCAGUCCAUAGGAAAGCAUUCUUAAUGCUUUCCUAUGGACACUGGCGUUUUCUCACUGUGAAAAUCACAGUGAGAAGCGCGGAAGCGUCUCUAGCGGCUGUCAAUGAGACAGCCAUUAGAGGCUGGAUUAACCCAAAGGUAAACAUAGCAGUUUCUCUGAAACUGCUAUGUUUACAACAGAAAGGGUUAACCCUAGAUGGACCAGGCACCCAGACCACUUCAUUAAGCUUAAGUGGUCUGGGUGCCUAUAGUGGUCCUUUAAUUCGACUUUUAGUUCACUACACUAAUGAUCGCUCUGACUAGAGGAACAAAGCCUUCUCUAUGUUGUGUUAUCAUUUAGACAUGUACACAUUGUACGAGUCUGUUGUACACAUCUGUGACAAAUGCAAAUUUUAAUGGAAAAUUAGCAUUUUUUUCAGGAAUUCCUGUGUGAUGAGAUAAAACAAAAGUAACAGUGAUUAAAGUUACAGAAUAAUGAAUGGAGCAGACUAAUCCCUCCCCCCCUUCCCGAUGCAAAAAAGACACUUUUCAGAAAACUUGACUAAAUAUCUCCCUUUGUUUCAGUUAUUAGUUUAUAUCUUUUAGUGUUCUGGGGUAUUUGCAUCAUUCAAAUAGCCAAUUGUUAAGUGCCAUCUAGGGUGUUUUUCUAUCUUAUAUGGCUAUUGAAGCUAUAAACACUAGUAGUGUCUUGUUCUUGUGCACAAAUGAUCUGAAUUUAGUGUGAAUAAAAGGUUUGUUUUUUUUAAUCUAGUCUCAAUAGACCUCACCCAUUUCCCCCACUGUGAUUUUUAAACGAGACUCUUCACGAUCUGAUCAAUUUAACAGAGACACAUACAGAAAAUUCAUGCCACUCCAAGCUUGACAACCCCUCUCCAGGCAUGUCUUGUAUCAACUGACCCCUGAAGGAUCCAUAUACCAGAUGGUCCUUUCUCUUCACAUAUGGUAAUUGAGGGCCUCGCAACAUAUAUGUGGCAGUUGUUUUAUGUAAACCCCUUUUUAUUUUUAAUUAUUUUCAAAUAUUCCUAGCAUAUCUAAGUUUUUAUUCUGUAUCCGUGAGCUCUUGUUGGCCAGAAUUCUUUUUAAUUGCAGUCUUUUGGCGUAAACCGUUACUUUAGUGUCUCUGAAUUGGAAAAGUGGUCUCUACCUCCAGGCUAAUGCUGUGUUACAUUAAGCGUUGGAGCGAGAUGAACGAAUAGAUUUCUGGCCUCUCUGUUUUGGCUCAGUAAGAGAGCUAUUCUAUUCCCAUCUGUUGUCUUCAGGGAAAUAUUAAGGUUUUUUGUUAGUUUUUUUUGGUUGGAAGGGAAUUGGGCAGGGGUAAUUCUUUGCAUGUAAAAGUCCAGUAUUACCUUGAUUCUUUUUAGAAGAGUGUUGUCCACUAAUUAGACUCCAAGACUUAAACUGGAACUCAGUCAUUUAUUGUUUAAGAAGUGUUGCCGUGUAUAGUGGGAGUUGCAGUCAGCCACCACCAGACAGCCAUGUAUUGACUGCCCUGCUCUGUAAUCAUGAAAGUGAAGAGUUCACUGACUGCCCAAAAUGUCUUAGAUUGCUUUAUUUUGAAAGUGAGCUCGGAAUGAUGCAACAACUUAGGUUUAUUCGCUAAGCAGUGAAUUGAAAACCAAAUUGCUAAUUUUAGCUAAAUUCUCCAACUCUGCUAGGUCACAGCUUGGCUAUUUUAGCAGCUCUUUUUUUUUUGGUUCACUACAGUUUAUUGUUUUUAGGAAAUAAACCUCUUGGUGUCUUUGACAGACAUUUUACAAAAGUAUCAACUUCUGCUCUUUGAUCAUUAAAGGACCACUAUAGUGCCAGGAAAACAUACUCGUUUUCCUGGCACUAUAGUGCCCUGAGGGUGCCCCCACCCUCAGGGUCCCCCUCCCGUCCGGCUCUGGAAAGGGGUUUAAACUUACCUUUUUCCAGCGCUGGGCGGGGAGCUCUCUGAUCCUCCUCUUCUCCUUCCCGUCGGCUGAAUGCGCACGCGCGGCAAGAGCUGCGCGCGCAUUCAGCCGGUCACAGGAAAGCAUUUACAAUGCUUUCCUAUGGACGCUGGCGUGCUCUCACUGUGAAAAUCACAGUGAGAAGCACGCAAGCGCCUCUAGCGGCUGUCAAUGAGACAGCCGCUAGAGGAAAUAGGGGAAUGCUUAACCCAUUCAUAAACAUAGCAGUUUCUCUGAAACUGCUAUGUUUAUGAAAAAAUUGGGUUAACCCUAGCUGGACCAGGCACCCAGACCACUUCAUUAAGCUGAAGUGGUCUGGGUGCCUAGAGUGGUCCUUUAAUCCACAGUAAAUUAUUAUUUCUUUUUUUUUAAUAAAAUAUUCGGCCUCCAAGUUUGCUCAGAAAAGCAAUAAUGCACAGUUCGUGUUUGAGUAUUUUAGUACAUACAUUGUAGAGAUGUGUAAUGUGAAAUGUCAUGAAGUUAUCAAGUUUUUAUGAUCUCAAUUUGUGAAAAUCAGUAGUCACAUUUAUCAAGUCAGUUUAGGGUCUCGUACUACAAUAGGUAAAGCUGGUAUGACUGAUAGUUACUUAUUUAUGUGCACAAGGCCAUUGAAUGACUUAUUUAGUGAAAUGGUGAGAGCUCCCGUGAAGCACAGCAUUGUGGGAAACUACCCAAUCAGAAUACAAAACUUCUCUGUGCAGAUUCUCCUGGGUUUAUCCAUUUUAGGGACGAAGUUGCUUUAGGCAUAUACUGUCUCAUAUUCAAUUUAAAGAUAGUUUUAUUUCACAUUUGAAGUGUUGUUGGGUUUUUUGGUCGAUCACACUAGAUAUAGAUGUGGUAGUUAUGUGCUACCUCACAUACAGUCACAUGAGAAUGGAUUUCUUUUUCUGGGCACCCUUCGAGUCUCCUCCUGUGGAUGGGAGGAAUGUAUGCCAUUUAAGGGAUAGGGUUCUAUGGCCUCUUAUUUGGGUCCUCCUGCAGCCCAUGCUGGUAUUUUAAUUCCCCUUACUGGAGUCACUGUACAAUCAAAUGUGAAUUCCAGAGCAGAACAUCCAAAAAAGAGCCUCUAGUAAACCAGGAAUAAUUAGCAAAAAGUAUCUAAUCACAACAAAAAAUGCAGUAUAGGAGGGAACCAGACAACAAGAAAAAGUGUGAAACCACUUAAUACGCUUACGCCAGACUCAAUACUUAUUCUUAGACAACACGAGUGGAGGGUGAAGCUAGAUAGUGCUCAGACUACUCUGUGGAGGGUGAAGCUAGAUAGUGCUAGAUCAGACAACUCUGGUCUCGUCUGGCUCAGGACGUACCCAUCUCGACCUUGCAUGGUUACUUGUAGGGCCACAGAUGCCAUUUAUUCUAGGACUGUGUUUAUUGAAGAAUCCCCUGCUUUUAUUGCUCUAAAUAAUGAUGAUGAUACAAUAAAUGAUCACUUUAAUGAGCGUUGAUCUCUUCAUUCAUCACCUGUAGAUGAGCAUAUGGAGUAUAUUCAGUAUCCUGUUUUUGAGGGGGAUUUCCUUCACCUCUGGGUGAGGUCUGGUUGUAAGGUGACACAUUAUUGAAGAGCCUGUCUUCUAAACCCCUUACAUUUCCUUUGCCAGACCCAUUCUCUGCUUUAGUGUAUAAAGAAUAGGCUAAGUCUGUCUGACUGACUUGCCUUUUGUCCCUUCGUCUGAAGCAAACAUGUUUCCUAAUCCUGAUUAUCACGUUUCCUUCUUAAUAUCACAAGUAUAAUAACAGGGGAAAUGAUUGUAAUAAUCACUUGAGAAACCAAGGUAAGCUGUUGCUACCUGCAUUUACAAACAUUGCCUAUGGCGUGUUGUGUGAAGUGUUUACAUUCUGUGGUUUGAAAUUAUUUGGUCUCUGUGGGUCACGCGAGGUCUGUGGAGUACAUAACCAAUAUCCUACUGAUAAGAUUUUCUUGCCAUCUCCAUUUGUUUGCCGUAGGGUUAACCACUGUCCCAUUCAGCAAAGGAAGUUGCUAGGUUGCUCCCAUUUUUCUAAUAUCCACAUUAAUAUUUACUCUUUACCAAUUUCCAGCUUGUGCUUUGUCAGUGGGAGCCGAGACGGGACAGCGAGGAUUUGGCAAUACCAGCAGCAGGAAUGGAAAAUGAUCGUACUGGAUAUGGCCGCUAAGAUGGCAGGGUAACUCAUUGGCAUUCAUUUUAACUAAAAUCCAGACAGAUGUUAAUCUUUUUAAUAAAGGAGAUAGUACAUUGCAAGAGAAUGGUGGCUGGGAUACUGUGUUUCUCUUUAGUAAACUGGGUAUUAAUAUAAUCAGACAGAUGUUCAUUUUCAAAGUGACCUUAAAGGAUAUCGGUAUAAUAUGCAGACAGGCCUUGGGACAAAAUGGUGAAUCACUGUAAAUUAAAGAAAUCUGGUUAAACCGUAAGAAUCCUCUUGAGAGAGUUUAUUCACUAAAUAGUGAGAAUUUAGUGGAUUUUUAAAAAUGAUUCCCCUCUACUUUGCGUACAUUUUGCAUCUUUAGUGAAUAUACUGGCAAGGGGAAGUUGAAAACGCUUUAUGUUGCACUUUUCUGUUAAAUACUUUUUUUUUUUUCUUUAAAAGCAAAUAGUAACUUAAAGGGAUUUUCGAAACAACGGUAUUAAUUAGCACAAAAGGGAUGUGCUUCAAAAAAGUUAAUACUUAUCGUUGGUGUCCAAAAUCUUCCAACAAGUGGAAAAACAUGUCAAAUAAAAUACACAAUAUAGUGAAAAUCAAAAGGUGAUGAUUUUGUAUAAGACCAAACAAACAUAAAUUUCAAGAGAAAUUGCUGUAAUUUACACUUAUAAAGGUAGCAGACACAAUUUCUAAAUGGAGUUUAAUUCUUUAAAAAAUAAUAAUAAUCCAUUAUGUGAAACCGUAUAAUGUAGCUCUUAAAAUAUAGAUAAUAGAUUUAACCUCCAAAAAAAUCCUAAUUACAUAGAUCAAUAGAGGUUAUGAUUUGGCAAAGAAAAAACAAAGUAUCAGAAACCUGAAAAGCUUACCCAGGGCGAUCUGAUGGUACUAGCCGAGUCGUAUCAAACUGUGCUACAAACUCAUUGAACUAUGGGCUUUAAAAGAGCUAUUAAAGUGUGUGUUUUUAGCUAUUUAUGGAAUUCUUAACUGUCAAUCAGUGAAUAUGUUAAUUUGCCUAGAAGUGUGAAUACCUCUCUAAUACGACUUUAAAUAAAUGUGACAUUUCUAAGAAGCUGAAACCGGUAAAAGAAAAAAAAAAAAACAUAAGUGUGCCUUGGGAAUUUCUCGCUUAUUAAAGUGAACCUUGGUCCAUGAAGGUUUGAGAAGCAUUCCUCUAAAAUAGGGUUCAUCUAAACCUUGUGUGGAAUUGUGCACACCCUGUCUAGUAUUCUCAUUUCUUGGACAUUUUUGGUAAAAUAAUCCAAAUCCUCCAUAGUUUUGCUGCACUUCUCGGCCCCAUAGGCUUUAUUAGAAUAUAUUGCUCCUAUCUAAAAGGUUUUUGUAAAAGUCUCCCCUUGAUAAAAUUGUAUUUGUAUUUUUAAAGAUAACUCUGCAAUAAAUGUUGUAAUCUUACAGGACCAAUGUUACAAGCGCAGAAGACAAGGCUCCCAAGCUGAAAGUCACAAUGGUGGCAUGGGACCGAUCCGAUAGCUCAGUCAUUACUGCAGUGAACAAUUUCCUUUUAAAAGUGUGGCACUCCCACAGUGGCCAGCUUCUUCACGUAUUAUCUGUGAGUAUCCCAACGUCUGGGUUCAUAUUUCUUAAAUAGAUGAACUUUGUGUAUUCUGUGUAGAUCUGUGGGGGAAAAGUUGUCUUAGCUGACAGACUAGGGCUGCAGGUAGAAUGCUUUUAAAAAUAGUCUCUGGUGGGUGUGUAGCAGCAUUUACAUAUUUUCAUGAAGCUCAUAUAGUCACACAAGAGAUUUCUGGGAUCUACUCCUGCUUUUUAUUCUCCUGAAGCUGUUCACCAUAAUCUAUAAUUGGCAUCAGUUACAUGGGACAAAUGGACUAAUUGUGUAUUUAAUUGAUGGGGAAAAAAAAACAGGUGAAUAUAUCUUGUUUUUAAGUAAUUUGAAACGGUUUGCCAAAGGAAAGAACGUCAUAAUAUGCAUUUGGUUGUAAUUUAAUGCGUUUAACAGAUUGUAUACCCACAUAUCUCUCUGAUGCUGGAGUGGUGUGCCACACACAUGACACAAUAAAAGUUUUUAACUAAAAAAUAUUCACUUGGACAUACAUGGACACACGCACUAUUCCUAUGAUUUCAUCAUUAGUUUGUAAUACUAUCUUCAUUUCCUGAGAAUUCUAUUAUCCAUCCAAACAUGGAAUAACAAUAUUUAAUGAUCUUGUUCACUUUGCGCAAUCCCCUGGAUGUGACAAAAUGGCUCUUUUCCUUGACUCUGUGUAACAUUUUUCUCUUUGUAUUCUUCUGGAGGAUUGAUACUAGAAACAAUGCCUAAAAUUUGUAAUCUUAUGCUACUAGCCAGACUUUAAAAAAUUACUCACAACUGCAACCAAGGGUGUAUGUGUCUAGUACUUGCUAUCACUAAUUUUUCUCUUGAUAAUAGCUAGUGGCAUGUGGACAUUUUUAACCUGGUUAGAAAUGUUUUAAAAAACGAGAAAACACAACUUUAUUUUAACAAAUCUUUCUUCGCCAGGGUCACGAUGAUGAAGUAUUUGUGUUGGAAGCUCAUCCUUUUGAUUCCAGAAUUCUACUUUCUGCUGGGCAUGAUGGCAACAUUUUUGUAUGGGAUCUAGAAAAAGGAACAAAAAUUCGAAAUUACUUUAACAUGGUAAGUCAAAAUAUGAGCUCUUUGGUUUUAAAUAUAUUUUUUCAUCUGAAUUUCUUUGGAACAUAAGUCAUGAAGUGAAGAUGACAAAAGAAAAUGUAAAUAUACACGAUUAGAAAGUCAUAAUUUUAAAUAUGCUAAUUGAAAGAGAUGUGGUGCACUAAACUAAGAAAAUAUGUACCCAGUUAGCUUACCUGUAAUAUCGGUGUUAACCUGCACCCUGUGUAAAGGAAAUGUUAGCAGGUGGGAGCAUGGAUCACUCUUUGUUUUCCUACUCACUCUGUUGAGGAGUGCAAUUAUAGCUAAGCUGUAACAGAGAAAAGCGAGGUCUCCCCUACUCCUUUCAUUUCCAGUUGUUGGUAUUCUUUUAUUCGUGUUUAAGAUAACUCUAUACUUGUCUGCAGAUUGAAGGCCAAGGUCACGGUGCUGUUUUUGACUGCAAGUUUUCACCUGAUGGACAGCACUUUGCCUGCACCGACUCUCACGGCCACCUCUUACUUUUUGGAUUUGGUUGCAGUAAGGCUUACGAAAAGGUAGGUUGUGAACAUUUAAUUUACAAAUUCCCUGGUGAAAUAGAUCAUUUACCAUACCAAACCCUUAGAAUGCUGUGCAUUAAGAGGACCCCACACUAUUAUUUGGUUGAAUUCUAAUUAAUCUUAUCGGAGUCACCUAAUCUGGUGUCUUGAAAGGGUAAACAAAGUUUGGCCAACUUGGAGCUCUAAACCUGCCAUUUUAUUUGAGCUUUGUUUAAAUUCAGCCUCAGGCUGUCUAAAUGAUUUAUACAUGCAUUGUUAUUCACCAGAAGGGGAAUUGUCUAGAACAUACAAGAGAGUUUACUUUUUAAGAUAAAAUAGUUGAACUGGAAAAAUAGGGGAUUUGAAGACAUUUUCUAGUUUGACUGUCUAUGUCUUAAUAAAUGAAAUUCCCUGGUCAGUUCAUGGUGAUGCUUGGUUUUGACUAAUCAGUCUGCUGAAUCAGAACAUGUGUACACAAAGCCGUGGCCUAAAACUGUAUGACUGGGGGGGAUGGCACAGCUUUGAAAUGUCAGCUGAAUGUAGAACAUAUGCAUGUUUUAAUGCUGAUAACUCAUCAGACUAUUUUAUAACCUGCAGAUCCCGGAACAAAUGUUCUUCCACACAGACUUCCGACCUCUAAUCAGAGAUGCCAACAACUAUGUGCUGGAUGAACAAACACAACAAGCCCCACACCUCAUGCCACCACCAUUCCUUGUGGAUGUAGAUGGCAACCCUCACCCUACAAGGUUACAGCGGCUUGUGCCAGGGCGAGAGAAUUGCAAGGAAGAACAGCUCAUCCCUCAACUAGGCUACAUCGCUAAUGGUAUUGUGUUUUGUUGUUUUAAUGCAAGAAGACAUGCUGAUAAGUUAAUUGUUGGGAUUUUUAUAUAUUUAGUUAUUUUUCGAACAUUAUCUAUUUAUGUCCUUACUGUUCACCUUUUGCAUGAUCCAUAUGAAAGGGACACUAUUGGCACCCAGACCACUUCAGCUCAUGGUCUGGGUGCAGUGUCCCUGUCCUCCUUACUCCUGCAAUGUAAAACAUUGUAGUUUUAGAGAAACUGCAAUGAUGACUUUACAGGACUAAGACUGCCUCUACUGACUGUCAGACAGCCACUAGAUGCGCCUCCUGGAUUCUAACAGAGUUUGACUCAGUUUAAAGAAGCUCGACAUCCUCACACUCUGCAUGAGGACAACCAGCGUUGGCGAAUGCCCAAUAGGAAAGCAUUAAGGCGAUGCUUUCCUAACGGGAAGGGCCUAAUGCGCUGGCGGCGCACACCGCGCACGCACAUUUGAUCCCCCUUCAGAUGAUAUCAGAGCCCAGACCCAGCACGGAAGGAGAUAAUUUCUGGAGUCUGGUAAGUGUCUAAAGGGUUUUUAACCUGUUAUGUGCUACAAGGGGGCAUGAGAGGGGGACAGGGGGGGAGAAGGGGUGACUAGAGGGCACUAUAGUGUUAGUAACACAAAUCUGUAUUUCCAACAUUAUAGAAUCCCUUAAAGUUCUAAAAACUCGAACAAUUAUCGGAACAUUCUGUUGGUAUCUAUCAGUUUUAGAAAAUUACCCCAUCAUUGUUUGAGUUCACAACUCCCUUUUAUUUUAUGUAGAGCAUACAUUGCUGUUAAUUAGUUAACUUAGAAAAGAACAAACAUGGCUAUGUAUGAGCUGGUUUAAAAGGGAAUUUAACAUUUUGCUGUACUUUAAUAAAAGUUAUAAUUACCUAAAUGUGAUCAACCAUAGACAAAUUAUCAGUUAAUCCAGUGGUAGUCAACCUUUUUCUACCUACUGCCCACUAAUGCAUCUUUCUUAAUGGAAAAAUGUCCUUACCGCCCACUAGUUUUCGCGUAAGUGUAGAAUAUUUUUUCGAAAGGAGGGUGUACAUACAUUUAUCUUUUUAUUUCUACUUAAUGCAUGUUUAUAAUGUUUUUAACUUUAUAAAGUUUAAUGAGAAAGUUCCCCCUCUGAAUCCCUCUGCUUCCUCCCGCGCGGUUUGUGUUUUAGUUGGGAGGAGUGACGUACAGUCACUUCCUCCCAGCUCUGUGAUGUAAUCACAGGGGGCCCGGUCACGCUGUUAAAGCGCCCAGCGCUGACAGGGCCUCCUUACAAUCCACAUCCAUCGGAUGGCCCUGACAGCAUAGGCCACCCGAUGGACCCCUUGGGCGGCGGCCCUGGCGGUUUGCCGCGUGGGCCAGGGCCACAAAUGUUGAUGAGGGUACUGCCGGCUCGCACCUGCCCACCCAAUCUCUCAAAAUGAGGAAAUCCCUGCCGUCCUACUAGUGGGCGGUAGGGACCAGGUUGACGACCCAUGAGUAAAUCCAUUUACAAAUUUUCUAGCUUUUCUUCCUCUGAGUUUUUGUUAAAGUUUUGUCCAGAUUUCUUUCUGCCGACACAGACAGUGCUCCAAACCCCUGUAGGGUGAAACACAAGGCUGUCAGCAAUGCCUGUUUGCCUCUCUAAGAGCUGAACAGCAACAGUUCAUUUUAACUCUUUUUAGGUUUGGGAGUUGUAUGUGCAAUUAAAUCAAGCCAUAUUAUUCUUGAACUUAAAAUGCACAACAUUCCUCUCUUAUAGAGUGUGUUAUAUAUGUUAAAUCUUUUGAAAUGUCUUUACUUUUAAGGAUAGUGUCUCUUUUUAGAGAAGUAAAUGGCAUUUGCUGACUAUAAAUGAAGGGGUUUAUAUUUAUAUAUUGUAUGUUUUGCUUUAACAAGGUAAUGGUGAGGUGAUGGAGCAAGUAAUUGGCCAGCAGACCGAAAACCAUGAUGGAAGUAUCCUCGAUGGACUAAUUAGGGAGUUGCAGCGGGAGCAAGAUGAGAGGCAUGUGGAUAAUGACGAGCCAAAUCCUGAUCCCUCACAUAACCCUCCUUAUAAUAGAACAGACUCAGGAAGUGGAUGUAAGUCUUGUUCGUUUGUUUUCUUUUACUAUAACCUACACGGUUUAUUUUUAAGUCUAUAUAGAAAUUGAAAUAUAUAGUGCAAGACGCUAAUUGCGUUUUGCCAAAGAAUAAGGACUUAUUUUAUGUCUGUGCGUUAUUUUGUAAAAAUCAAUGUAUAUAAUAAUUACAAAAUCCUCUCUAGCUCAUAUAUCAUGCAUUGGAUUCUAGACUAUUCAGUAAGUUCUUUGAACUCUCUUAAAAGCAUUUUAUAUAAACUAUAAAAGUGCUUCUCAGUCUUUCAGACUUUGAUUUCUUCCCCACUGUAUUGAUAAUGGCUCCUGUGGGAACUGAAACAUUUUUUAGUUUUCCAAUAAAAUCUGCCUUAACACCAUCUAUAUGUGCCCGGUCCAACUUUCUUCAUGAUUAUUUCUUCCCCGUUGCAUGUCUUGGCUGUAACGGCUGUGUUGAGCAUUUCUGUGUGCAUGUAGUUACACAUUUUACCACUGGGAGGCUCUGUUUAAAAGACCAAAAGCAGGUUCCAUGUUGUAUAGUAUUGGUUUUACAUUAUCUGGAUUCUACAUAAACUCAGUGUCUCUUAAUUUUUCUAUAGUUGUGAGAAGUCAGAGUUUGGAUUUGUCAUCCCCGCCUAAUGUCGGCCUCCGACGUAGCGGCCAAAUUGAAGGAGUUCGGCAAAUGCAUCUUAAUGCUCCCCGAAGUCAAAUUGCUACUGAACGGGACUUGAUGGCCUGGAGCAGAAGAGUGGUUGUAAAUGAGUUACAUCCUGGUGUUAGUAGGUAAGGAGCCUUCUGGGUUAUCCGUUAAGCAUGUUUUUGGAGAAGGUAAUAGAAGCAUUCUGUUGGGUACUAUGGUGAAUGCUCCACUCUUGGACUAUUUCUCCAGAAUUAUUCUUUAUAAAUAUAUUGUGUAAGUCUUCUCUUGAUUUGUGUUUAAAACGACUGACCUGUAUUGCCCGCGUGUAUUUCAGGGUCCAGGAAGAAUGUAGAACAGCAAAGGGUGAAACGGAAGUAUCUCUGUACAAUACAGAAAAAAAGAGGAAGCCCCCCCACCCCGCACAAAGGGUAAGUGGGCUACUGAAAUUCGGUGCUUGUGAUUUCACUUUUUACAUCCACCCAGAUUCUAAUUCUAUAUUGUGACUGUAACAUUAACGGGUCCGUGAAAACAGACAUAAAGCAUAUUGACAAACACCACUGCUCUGCUGAAUUGUGUUAUUGCAGGAAGGUGGAACUCUGGGUGCCUAAUAGGUGUGACUGUUGAUUUAAUAAUGUCUUGAUCCAUGUGGGUGAUGUAAGCAAAUCUAUGAAUUACACUUUGCAAAACACUGUGAGUUGCAUUUCUUUAACGGAGUUAAGCCUUCAGAUAACGUUCGCAGAUUUGGAAACAUUCGCCGAAUUGUUAUUGUUUUUUAGCUUAAAGUAAAAGACUAAUAUAUUCUUUCAUUUAUUUUUCUUUUCUGGACAAUAUACAGUGAAGGUAUAAUGCAUAAUUGUCCUAUGUUUUGUUUUUAGAACGAGUACCAAGUAUGCAGCGGACGAUCAUUAAGAAGAAUACAGAGGAAGCGGCCACAUGCUUAUCAGACCCGUUCCGCUAUCGAACAUGACAGGCAGACAAAUGUCCCAGCUGCAAAUGGGGAAGAUUCUCAAAGUUCUUCAGAGGUACAUUGUCAGAACCUGCUCCAGAAUAUUUUAGCUUUCCUUAAAGGGACAGUUUAAGUACCAUAACCACUACAACUAAGGCUAUCAAACAUUUCCACUGGCAGAAUUUUUAAAAUAUUGUUUCUUGUAUCCAGUUAAAAAAAAACAAACAAACCAAAAAAACCUUCUUACUAAUAAAAUUGUUUUCUUAUUUUAUUUUUUGCCUCCACUUCAAGCAGGCUGUCUACCCACAUAUAGGAGUGUCCAGCCUACACUUACAAAGUGAUACUGAGCUGCAUUUCCCAGAAUUAUAGGAAUUGUAGUGCCUACAUUUGGACACCAUUGUGCUCAAUCAAUAAUUUACUUCAUUGGGCAAUUAAGGCUUCUCCUAGCAUAAGUCAACUGAUCCUAUAUUUCAUCUUUUUUUCCUCCAAAGGAUGAAGAAUCGCGACCAUCAACUGAGGCUUCAGCAGCUGAUACAACAGCAGGUUGGCAAACUGAGAGCUCCUCGAGGUACAUAUUUCCACCAUUCUAAGGAUUUAGAUGAAAUACAAAAGUUAAAGUAUCAAAGUUUGUCCAAUUGGUAACAUUCGCUACUGAUUGGAAACUGUGGGCAUCUGAGUGCUGUGCACAAGACUUACCCUGUUCCUUAUUCAGUUAUAUUUGUAUGUUUCUAUCUUGCUACUUUCAUAUGGUACAUUUAGGUUUGGGCUAGUAGCAUUGUCCUCAUCUUAUGAUAUGGUAUAUAUUUCCAUCUUAUACUUAUCAUUUCUCAGUGACUCUUCAAGUGAAUAUUCAGAUUGGACAGCAGAUGCUGGGAUCAAUCUUCAGCCUCCCAAAAGACAAACAAGGCAGACGACGAGGAAAAUGUGCAGCAGCUCUGAAGAUGAAAAUGCCAAGGAGGAUUAUAAGCCCAAGAAACACAAGCAGACAAAGAGAAAGGUUUGUGGCUUUUCCAUCACCUUCAAUAUCUGAUGUAAUUCUUGGCAAAUCUGGAAUAGAUUAGUGAUUGGCAAUCCUCAAAGAGCACACCAGCCAAAAAAGUAGAUAAGACACGCCAACCUUUAGAUUUAGCAUAAUCUAACCAUUGUGUUGGUGAUAUUGCCAGCAGGUAUGUUUGUAGAAUAAUUUAUAUAAACAUACUUUGCAUUUUUUUUUUAUUUAUUUUUUUUACAAAUGCAUUAAUUCAACUAUUGCAAUUUGAAAUAUCUUAAGCUGGCAUUCGAGCAGGCAGACACUUUUUUUUUUUCACUGAUCCGUCACGAAUAACAUUUUUAUACUUUUAUUCAGAAACAGAAUGAAUUUCUAUCUAUGGAAGGAGAGACAAGCGAAGAGUGGAUCCCUCCGCAGUGGAUCCUUGACACAAUACCACGGCGUUCCCCUUUCGUCCCACAGAUGGGAGAUGAGGUAACGUACAAUGACUACAAGAGACAGAUUUAUUUCAAUAGUGUUAACUGAGCACAUUUACCCGUAGGUGACUAGAAAUAUUGUUUUGCUUUAAAUGGCAAACAAAGCAGCUACGAGAGCUAUUGCUGGUGAACACCUGAGCAAUAAAGGAAGAUGUAUAAUUGAAAUAUACGUCAAAGUGCAGUCAGGAUUAUUCACUAAACAGGAAUUUCAAGAAUUCGCCAAUCGGUUUCAUAUUUUUGGCCAAAUGGGGGAUUUUUUUUAAUUCAGCCAUUUAGUCAUAAAUUUUGGGAUGAACUUCCCAGUUUAGUUAUUAAAUAAAUACUCUAAACACCAAAAACAUGUUUAGCUGAAAGGAACACACAAAACGCUUCAGCUUCCCGACCUGCUCUAUGUGUCUGGAGUCUUGUCAUAUUUGUGACCGCUUAUAAAGUACUGAUCUCAAUAGAAAUGCUUGUCAAUGAGAAACAGCUCCCUGACUGUCACUUUCCAGGGGAAUACACUUGAUUGGUGUACUCCCAGCACUGAAGGUCUCAGAAUGAAGGCUGGGGAAAGAAAGCAGGUCUGCAGCUUUUACAAGCUGUUUUCAUAUAUAUCUACCAUAUUGUUUAAAAUCAAUGGUUUGUUCGUUUGGUAAAGCAGUUUUCGUGUAUAGAUCAUGCCUGACAUUACAAUCUGGCAUUACAGCACAGAGUGUUGGCUUUAGAAGUUUUUUUUCCCCCCCUACUCUGUUAUUUGACUGUUAAUCACUGUUACAGUAUGGGUCGUCUUACAAUGAAAGAUUGUUAGCCAAUUGUGAUAUCUUUGUUUUAAGGGAAUAUUGGGUUUAUUUGGCAGCCCAAUCACACAUUUUAGUCCAAAAUAGUUAAAUUAUAAAAAAAAAUUAAAAGCAGGGGUUGAGCUUGAGAAUUUUUCGGGUUGAGAUAGUGAGACUAUUGCAUUUCUUGUCAAUUGCAAAACUACAGAUUCUGUGUUUUUAAAAAACACAAUUUUGUUUCUUUUUCCCUUUGCAGGUUAUUUAUUUCAGACAAGGUCAUGAAGCAUAUGUACGAGCUGUAAGGAAAUCAAAAAUUUACAGUGUUAACCUACAAAAGCAACCAUGGAACAAGAUGGAGCUCAGGGUAACUUGGUUUUCUUAAAUAAAUCAAGCCUUCUCACCUUGGUUAUUACAUGGGAGGGGAAGCAUAUCAGAUAUCCAGGAAUUUGGAUUCUCAUUCUUUGCACUCUGGACCUUUUGUCCACUAGCUGUCUUUCUUUCAUCAGUGUUGCCCCAGCCAAUGUGAUCUGAUCUGCAAGGACAGAAAACCAGUGAGCCUCUAAAUAGGAUGUUACAGUCCUGGCAUGAAAUGGUGCUGCAGUCACGGUGACUUUCUAAGAAAUACAGACGUGAUAUGCACUUCAUUGGCCUCUUAAUGACAUGGACCACCAGUGCUUUUACUGGCGAUUUCAUCCUGGAUGAGCACUGACAGAUGGAAUAAUUGAUCUGUACUUCUGCUCUUUAUGCAGAUCUGUUUACUUUUUGCAUGAUUCCUCUCCCACUAAAUGAAUACCUAUAAGUCAUGUCAGUUGUGAAAAAACAGGUAAAAUGAACUUCUAAACAGGUCCUAUUUGGGAGUUAGAACCUUAUCUUUGCUCAAAAGAUGGAAUACGCACACAUUUUCUGUUUUAGCUGUAUGAGGACACAUUAUAUUGUGAAUCAUCUUGUGAUUUGGUUCUAAAAUGUCAUCUAUAAAUUCCUUAUUCUCCAUUAAACUUAAUUCUCACUUUCACUGUUUCAUUUCCAGGAACAGGAAUUUUUGAAGGUCGUGGGAAUAAAAUACGAGGUUGGACCACCAACGCUGUGUUGCUUAAAACUUGCCCUCCUGGAUCCUACAUCUGGCAAAAUGAGCGGCGAAUCUUUCUCUGUCAAGUAAGUUUUGUAGAAUUGAUGUGAUCUUGCAGGAGUUAUUAGAGCAUUAUCUUACCCCUCUUCUAGUAGUGGUAAAUUUUUGUUCUUGACCACACAUGUACCCAUCCCACAGGUACUGGAACUUGUUUAGUUAAUAUUCUAGAUGUGUUUUGAUUACCAUGUAAUCUUGCUAAAUUAAACAUAUGCGUAGAAGCUGUUCAUAAUUUGUAUAACCUUAACUUGUAGGUACCAUGACAUGCCUGAUGUCAUUGACUUCCUUGUACUCUAUCAGUUCUACAAAGAGGCCAAGGAAAGAAACUGGCAGAUAGGUAAGUUUUGCACUCAUGAGGGGGAUUCGGGGAAACAGAUUUAUUAUGUACUUCUUUAUAUACAUGUACACAGUUGUUUCACACAACAUCUCAGCUACCUGGUGUCCAGAGGGUUGAGUCUGUAAACCAUAAGAGAUUUUGGGUUGGUGACUUACUUGCAAGAUGUAAACCAAGAUAGCCCAAUGUGAAAAAUCUCGAGAAUGGAGGAGUCUUGCCUCUCUGCUAUCAACUCUCCAAAUCCCACUGCUAUGUGAAUAUAGCUUUUCUUCGAUUCCAUUAAUGACUUUAACUAAAAGCUCCAUUCAUACUAUCUUGAGACAGUUGCAGUUUCGAGGAAACUUGAGCUUCGGGUAUUGGUCAUUAGUCCUAUUUAAAGUCAACAUCCGUAUCACAAACAAAAUACUUGAAUACAAGGCGUUCUAAAUAACAGCUUUGCAUACAAGAAAACAAACUGGCACUGUUUUGUCAAUAGAGUUUGUUAGCGAUUGUAAAUGGUCACUUUUUGCAUAUGUUUUAGAUUGUGUGUAUGUGUUUUAUCUUUUUAUUAGUUUUAGUUUUAGCACUGAGUACAUCUGAUGCCCAUGACUUUCUCGUCAACCAGUGAUGUCACUCGCAGGUCUGCCAUUCAGCAGGACCUUUUAGUUUGUUCAAACACACAAAAUCCAAUAAAAAUAUGCAAAGCAUUAACAAAAUCUGCUUUAACAGUGAGUAAACAAAAAAAAAAAAGGAAUGCAAAAAAAAAAGAAACACAAAAAAAAACAGCAAAACGAAUUUGAAUGCCGUUAUGUAAGAAUGUUUUCUCUGUUCCAGGAGACAGAUUCCGUAGUAUCAUUGAUGACGCCUGGUGGUUCGGAAUGGUGGAAAGUCAGCAGCCCUUCCAGAUGGAGUAUCCAGACAGUUUAUUCCAAUGCUACAGUGUGCAGUAAGUGCACGUAUUUCGUCUUCCCUGGAAAGCAGUCUUACAAAUUCAGUGGGUUGGAAUUGUGGUUCCAUAGGAAGCAAGCAAUUUUCCCCAUGAAAUAUGCGAGUGCUCUGUUUUAUAGGGGAGAAUAAACAUGCAAUGUCUGUGCAUUGAACUCUUCUACUUUACAUUGCUUAUAAAAUGCCAACACAUCCUGCUUCAGGUGUCCAGUGCUUGAUGUUUGAUGUCCUGUGCCUUUACAACAAUGUGUUUUCUUCACAUUUCAACAGCUGGGAUAAUAACGAGAGGGAGAAUAUGAGCCCGUGGGACAUGGAACCUGUUCCAGAUGAUGGUAAGCAUGUUUUCUUUUCCUUAAUUAAAGCUUUAUAGUUUUAUAAAGAUGUUAUUUUAUCUAUAAACCAGUGUUGAAUGAGGGUGAUAUCGGUGUUAGUAAACUUUGAAAUAACUAAAGACAGCGGCAGACUUACUGGAUCUGUUUGUUGCAGCUUUGCCAGAUGAAAUGGGUGCCGGUAUUCCCGUUACUGCCGAAGAACUGAAUGCUCUGCAAUACAAACCGGAGGAAGGAGAAUGGGGGUCGAAGUCAAGGGAUGAAGUGUGUAAUCGGGUCAUUCAAGGAAUUGAUCAGCUUCUGUCUCUCGGUAUGCAAUGUACUUGCAGAAUGUUAAAACUCAAAUCCAAGCCCAAUUGCUGGAUUAACUUGUAUUCAGUUAUAUCCUAAAUGCUCAAAGACCAAAUGCAAUCCUAUGAACAUGCAUUGUCCAGUAUAGCAGAUGUUCAAUGUGUGGACCAGCAACAGUCAAAAUAAUUUUGUAUAACUUUACUUACUCAUUUUUUUGCAAACAAGUUCACAUGUGGCAGUCUUUGUUUUUCAUUGCAUGUCAAUAAAAAACAGUUUAGUUUAAAGAGCCAUUAUUACUUUUCCCUUUGCUUCAGUUAAAAGUCCACCCCUCUCACAUCAAACAAGGAAGCUCCCUUGCCCGUCUAGUACUUGAAUGACGCAUGAAUGCUGUAAAAGUCCCAACUAUUUAAUUCUGCUCCUUCUCAGCUUAUUGGCAGCUUCAAUUGCAACUUGGAUAGCAGUUCCAUUCAUUGUAUUCAGUGAAUAGAAUUGCUUUGAAAAUAUGAAUUAGUUAGCAGAUAUGAUACCAGAGAAUUAGUGACUUCCCCUCAGUAUUAUUAAAUGUCGACAGCUGAAAUAAAAAGGGCUCUGUUCAAACAAGCUUAGAGUCAUUAAGUAGAUAUAUCACUGUUUAAUAUUGUGUUGAGAUUUGAAUGAAAGUGUGAUGCAUUACUUGUUCUUUGCAGAGUUUGCCAGCCCUUUUAGUGCUCCUGUGGAUCUUAGUGCCUACCCAUUAUAUUGUACCGUUAUAGCGUACCCAACAGAUCUGAGCACCGUAAGGAAGAGACUAGAAAGCCGUUACUACAGGUUUGUUUGGUUUUUAUUUUGUGUUUGUCUUUCCAAAGCAGUGAUUGCCUCCUUAGACAUUAGCAUGUGCCCACCCAAUAGUACUGGAUCCAGUGGCAGCCAGUUAUGGAACCACAAUAGUGUCUUUGGGGUUUUUCUUUUGUGUGUCCAAAAACUGCUAUUAAAAUACACUUGCCGCUGCAUAGACCCCCUUUCCCACCCCUUCUGUCCUGAAUUCAUACCUCCCGUUUUUUGUGGUUCUGUUUCGCACUGCCAAUGACUGUGAUGAGAGAGAGAGACAAUGAAUAUAAUCUAUAUAUUAAAUAUUUUCUGUGCAUUUAUUGAGGCUGCACACAUCUUUACUAAAAGAUAUGAGCAGCAUUAUUGACAUUAUUCUUCAUAUUUAAAUGUCAAGUUGGUAAAUGAGAUCAGCCACAUUGUCUGUUUCAGAAUAGGCUGUCUUCUUUGCCUCGUAAUUUCUAUGUUAAAGCUUUUAUCUCUAUAUGUGUUGCAGUGCAGGAUGGCCUUUUAGUUCAUAAAAGAAGUGAGGUUUAUUUGUCCACACAUAAUUCUAGAGAAAUAUUAUUUCUGACCUAUUUUGCACACUGUCUGUUCCUUGCUUUUGUGAGUUAUUCUUUGCAUAGUUUAGUCUGCUGAUAUUCUUGUUUGAUUUUCUAUGGAAAAAAAAAGAAGAAAAUUGAGCAUUGUUCCACUUGUUCUCUGUCCACGGUAUUAUUUGGCUCAAACUCUUAUAAUGAUCGAAAUAUAAAGCUUGCAUCAUAUAUUCAACAAAGGAUGUAAGUGCAGAUCAGGAUACAGAUAUGAAAUAAGCGUUCUCUUGUCCUCUAGCUCCCCCUCUAGAUAAUUGUUAUAUUGCUGGUUAAGCACCUUAGAUUUUCUCUCCACUGCAGCUAUAACAUACACAAACAAACUAGCCAAGAGAAAAUGACUGUAUUGCCCCUAAAAGUAGACAAUCUGAAAUUGAAACCAUAAGGCCAAUGCAAAUGAUCCCUGUUAUCUAUAAUGCAUUAUCUAUAUGUAUUGGUUGAUCGAAAAGGGGUAAAUAUCUCGUUAUGUUCUUUAGGUGAUUAGAGAAAACGUGCACAAGUGUUUCAUGGGUCCCCUCGUUUUAACUUUUUUAAAUUUGCCAGUUUUAAGAUAAAUCAGCGCUUUUCUAAGGCUCAUAGGUUGCAGACAACUGGGGAAGGGUUCUUCAUUUGAUUUGAGUGCUUCCUCAAAGUCGAUGUGAGGCUUUUAAUAACAUUGGAUUCAGUGCUUCACUGUCAACAAAGCGUGGUGAUUGCUGCGUUUGCUCCCUGCCUACUAGUGCAUCGUUGGAGUGACUGGGAGAUCAUCACUACUGAUGAUCUUCUAGAGGGAGAGUAGAUCUGCAGUGAGGGACUUUCUCGACGUUUGACUAAAGAUAGGUAACUGCUUUAUUUUUAUAGGAAAAGGGGCGACUCAGAGUUCUAAAUGUAUCUAUAACAUUGGAUUGUUCAUUUAAAAUUACGGCCACUUCAUACAUGUAUAUGUCUUAUCUAUAGAUUCCCCCCCCACAUUUCCAUAUACUUAUCCUGUUUUUCAUUUUGCAUUCAGGAGGAUCUCUGCGUUGAUGUGGGAGGUCCGUUACAUUGAGCACAACGCCCGAACAUUCAAUGAACCCAACUCUCCAAUCGUAAAAGCAGCCAAAAUUGUGACUGAUGUAUUAUUACGUUAUAUUGGGUAAUGUGCUCACUUUUAUUUGAUGUAUGUUUAUUUUCAGUUGUCCUAGUGUCUCCUAACACUGUGUGUGUUUCCAAUUCUUAGGGAUGAUGAUUGCACUGAUAUCCUAGAGAUCUACAAUCAAGUCAAGUCAGAAGAUGUUGGAAAUGCUGAGGACGAGCAAGAGGUGAGGAAAUAAAAAAUGCAUUCCAAAUAGUAUUAGAUGUGUUGAAAUGGCUUUCAUUAAAAAAAAAUGUAAAAAUCUCUCUACGUUCCUUAAAGGGACACUUGAAGGUUGAUUUGAUACCCUUUUAAAUGCAAUAAUAAAGAAAAAGAACAAAGAAAUAAAUAUAUAAAAAAUAAACAAGGAGAAAACAAAUUGAAUAUCCCUUGUUUUUAGUUUUAGUUUUGGUGUAUAGAACAUGCCCCUGCAACCUCACUGCUCAAUCCUCUGCCAUUUAGGAGUUAAAUCACUUUGUUUAUGAACCCUAGUCACACCUCCCUGCAUGUGACUUGCACAUCCUUCCCAAGCACUUCCUGUAAAGAGAGAUCUAAUGUUUACACCUAAUUUAUUGCACAGUCUGCAAUACUUUCCUGUGUGUGAUUAACAAUUUACAUAAUGAAAUCUUCUUUAUCAAAUUAAUAUCUGAUUGAAAUUGAUGUUGGCUGUGUCCGUCACAGCCAUGGGAGCUGUGACCAGAGCUGCAUAAACAGAAACAAAAGUGAUUUAAUGCCCAAAUGUCAGGUAAAUGAGCAGUGAGACUGCUGGGGCAUGAUCUAUACACCAAAACUGCUUCUUUAACCCCUCAAGGACACGUGGCAUGUGUGACAUGUCAUGAUUCCCUUUUAUUCCAGAAGUUUGGUACUUAAGGGGUUAAGCUUAAGUUGUUUUGAUACCUAUAGUGUCCCUUUCAUCGCUAUUAUUAUUAUUUUUUAAAAUUUAUAUAUAAUUUUCUUUCCUUGUGGAAAUUCAGAUUUCAAGAUUCAUAUUUCCCAUCUGAAUUUAGUAACCUUAUAGUUUGUAAAAGACCAGUGAACUUUUCUAAUCUUCCAUAAAAAGCCACUUUCUGUAAAUGUCUUAGGAGUUGGGUUUUUUUGUGUGUUUUUUGGCUUUUGUUUCUUGUUGCAAACUUUUUGACCAGCAUCUUUAUUUUCCCCCAACCAGACUGCCACAGUUGAAAUGGAGUCAGAUUUACCGGGAACAUCCUCAGGUCGAGCGGUAAGUAAAAAUUUUAAAAAAAUACUUAUAUUUAUGUUAUUUGCAUACUUGCCUUUGUACAAUAGCUACCCAUUAUGAAAUCAUUGACUUUCAGAAACCAUUAUGAAAUGUUAUAUAUAAACCUUGCAAGUUCAAUAAAAUGAGCUACCUUGGACAUACUUGGAAACUAGUGAUAAAACAAAUGUACCUUUUUAUGAUACCUUUUACGGUGCAUUUGCUAGGAAUUUCCCUGGACCACUGAUUUGAUUCAUCUGUAAAACUUACCAAGAACAUACUGUGUAGAAGACAGGACAUUCUGUAAACCUUAGUAUGCUCCUAGUCCAGGGUCGGUCGACAGGUAGAGUCCUAGUCGUGGUACCACUAAAUCUCCUUUGAUGCUUUGUCAGCUUUUAUUCUCACAAAGCAUUGUCGGAGUUGAAGUUCUACUACAGCUGGAUGUAUGCCUUUUCCCAACACCUGUUCUAGUCAUUUCUAUACAGUGAGGGGGAAAAAUGAUUUGCGCCCCAGCUGAUUUUGAAUGUUUGUCCAUUAUCGAAGAAAUGUUCAGUCUUUAAUUUUAAUGGUAGGUGUAUAUUAACCGUGAGAGACAGAAUAACAAAACAAAAUCCAGAAAAACGCAUGUCAGAAAAGUUAAAAACUGAUUUGUAUGUCAACGAGUGAAAUAAGUAUUUGACCACUUUGACUUAGUACUUGGUGGCAAAACCCUUGUAGGCAAUCACAGAGGUCAGACACUUCUUGUAGUUGAUCACCAGGUUUGCACACAUCUCAGGAGGGAUUUUGUCCCAAUCCUCUUUGCAGAUCCUCUCCAAGUCAUUAAGGUUUCGAGGCUAACGUUUGGCAACUCGAACCUUCAGCUCCCUCCACAGAUUUUCUAUGGGAUGUGCUUCUUCUUGAGCCACUCGUUUGUUGUCUUGUGUUUUGUGUCAUUGUCAUACUGGAAUACCCAUCCACGACCCAUUUUCAAUGGCCUGGCUGAGGGAAGGAGGUUCUCACCCAAGAUUUGAUGUAACAUGGCCCCGUCUAUUAUCCCUUUGAUGUGGUGCAGUUGUCCUGUCCCCUUAGCAGAAAAACACCCCCAAAGCAUAAUGUUUUUACCUCCAUAUUUGACUGUGGGGAUAGGCAGUAUUCCUUCUCCUCCAAACAUGGCGAGUUGAGUUGAUGCCGAAGAGCUCGAUUUUGGUUAGAUCUGACCACAACACUUUCACCAGUUCUCCUCUGAAUCAUUCAGAUGCUCAUUGGCAAACUUCAGACGGGCGUGUACAUGUGCUUUCUUGAGCAGGGGGACCUUGUGGGCGCUGCAGGAUUUUAGUCCUUCACGGCGUAGUGUGUUACCAAUUGUUUUCUUGGUGACUAUGGUCCCAGCUGCCUUGAGAUCAUUAACAAGAUCCUCCUGUGUAGUUCUGGGCUGAUUCCUCACUGUUCUCAUGAUCAUUAAAACUCCACGAGGUGAGAUCUUGCAUGGAGCACCAGACCGAGGGAGACUGACAGUUAUUUUGUGUUUCUUCCAUUUGCGAAUAAUCGCACCAACCGUUGUCACCUUCUCACUAAGAUGCUUGGCGAUGGUCUUGUAGCCCAAGAUUGUGCAGGUCUACAAUCUUGUCCCUGACAUCCUUUGACAGCUCUUUGGCCUUGGCCAUGGUGGAGAGUUUGGAAUCUGAUUGAUUGAUUGCUUCUGUGGCCAGGUGUCUUUUAUACAGGUAACAAACUGAGAUUAGGAGCACUCCCUUUAAGAGAGUGCUCCUAAUCUCAGCUCGUUACCUGUAUAAAAUACAACUGGGAGCCAGAAAUCUUGCUGAUUGAUAGGGGAUAAAAUAUGUAUUUCACUCAUUGACAUGCAAAUCAAUUUAUAACUUUUUUGACAUGCGUUUUUCUGUUUUUUUUUCUUUUUUUAUUCUUUUCUAUUCUUUAUUCUUUUUUAUUUUAUUAAAAUACACCUACCAUAAAAAUUAUAGACUGAUCAUUUGUUUGUCAAACGAUUUUGAACGUGGGCAAACGUUCAAAAUCAGCAGGGGAUCAAAUACUUUUUUCCCUCACUGUACAUCCUCCCAGAUGUAUAUAAAUAAUCGAGAGUAUUUGCCACAAUCACUAUGUUCAUCCAUUUCUUUCUUUUUUUUUUUUAUUGUUCAGUUAACUCGACGAACUAAAAGACAACUUCUCCGAUCCAAUCCUGACUCGUGGAAGGAUAGCUGUAAAGAGCUUUUAGACCUCAUUUAUGAACGGGAAGAUUCUGAGCCCUUCAGACAACCGGUGAAUAGUGUUUCCUAUCCUGUGAGUGCAGUAGCACUUCUUGUAUGUGAUAAAUACGAACAUGCGGAACUACAGUGGUCAUUCCUAUAGAGUUGGAGAUUAAAUGAUUGGUGAGAAAAAUAAUAAUACAUGUAAUUGAUUUUAUAGGAUUAUCAGGAUGUCAUCGAAACUCCAAUGGACUUCAGCACUGUAAAAGAAACUUUACAAAGUGGAAAUUACAGCGAUCCCUUGGACUUUGGCAGAGAUGUUCGGCUGAUUUUUAGUAACUCUAAAGCAUACACACCUAACAAGAAAUCCAGGGUAAGGCUCCAAUUCUUCUGUAGAAAUUUACAACUGGUAUUUUUUUUUGCAACAAAAUAUAAUCUAGUAAAUUAGAAUUACAUAUUAAUACAUGAAUUUCCUCUUGCCACUAGCCAUUGGUGAGUGAAGAUUUCACCCCGGUGAGUAGAAACUCACCCUUUAAGGCUAUACUAUGGCUUGUAAUGAAGAGUAGCUGGCUAGUAGCAUAGGAUUACAACCCACCUACCCACCCAAUGUGUCUGUACACCUUUAAAGGCUAUACUAUGGCUUGUAGGGGAGAGUAGCUGGCUAGUAGCAUAGGACUACAACCCAUCUGCACAUCCAAUGUUUCUGCACACCCUUUAAGGCUAUUCUAUGGCUUGUAGUGGAGAGUAGCUGGCUAGUAGCAUAGGACUACAACCCACCUACCCACCCAAUGUGUCUGUACAGAACCACAUAAGACUUGUGUUUUAAUGACUUUAAAGCAAGGACUUAUGCGUGGAGAGGGUAAACGCUGACACCAGCUAUUUUGUGUGUAUCCAUGCUGUGUUUUGAGUCAAUUCAAAUUGCAGGACAUAUAUGAAAGUUUAAUCGAUCAGUUGUGCACGAUGUCAUCUUUUCAUAUACUCCAAAAGAGUUUUAUAGGUUGCAAUAAUUGAAGGAACACUCCAGACCACUAAAGACCUUCGGCUUGUUAAAGUGCUUGAUUUGUGUGUCUGUUAUGCAUGAAGGGGAAAAAAAAUAAAAAAUCAGCAGGUUCUGGUCCUGUUGCUUCAGGGUUUCUUAGUUCAGUGGAGCUAAACUCACGCUGUGAUUGGACAGAAGGGACAGGUCUUCCAAAGGCAUUUGACGAAAUCUGCAGCUUUUGCAAGCGGUGUUUAGAUUUACCUUUAAUUACAAAAUGCAGAAGUAAAUGCGUGCAUGUUUUCAUUGGAGGUUAUAUCUACUAAACAGUGAUGAAUUUAGUUUUAUUUAUUUUUUUACUGUUUGGCAGUGGACUGUCUUUAAUAUUUUUUUUCCUCUCUUAUUUAAUUUAUCUUUAUAGAUCUACAGUAUGACUCUUAGGUUGUCUGCAUUGUGUGAAACCUACAUCAAAGAUAUAAUUUCCGAUUACAAAUUGGCAAUGCAAUUACAGAAGCGUAAAAGGCGGCGAUACCGCAAGCGCAUCCGGAGUAGUAGUAGCAGUAGCAGCAGUCGGAGCAACAGCAUCUCAUCCUCCAGCAGUCGAGCUUCAAGGUAAAGCCAAGAGAUGUUUACAGGAGGGAGUACAAUCCCUUAUACUUCAUAAACUAAAGGUCUGUGGUCAAAGCAUAUAUUAACAUCUGCUACAACAUAUCCCAAGUUAACUUUUUCAUUAUGGAAUAGCUUUAAACCACACUAUUAUACUCCUACGUUAGGGUCCAUGGUAGUUCUGCAGUGUUUAUCUGUCUCUUCCAUUUGGCUGGCUGUUCAACACAAAUGAUUACCAUUUACACAUUUCAGACAACACAUACUGUUUAUAGUAACAUUUGUUUUAUUUCCCCUUCUCUUCAUUUGCAGUCCAAAACCAAGAAGAUUGAAGCUUCAGCCGAAACUCAGCCAAAACUCAUCUUUGCCCUUGAGAAGUAGCUCAUCCUCUGCAUCACAAAGUAAGCGACGGAGAGAUGAAUUUUUAUCCCAAAAACCUGUACAUGUUGCCGUAUUUUAAUAUCUUCACAGAUGGCCCUCCAUACACCUCAGCCCCCUACAAUAAGAUUUUGGCACAUAAUUGCACACCACACCAAAUUCUUCCCCAGCUUUUUAUCUCUUCUUAUUUCUAAUCCUACUUGCACACACGCACACAGUGGCCUACUACAACUAUUUUUUGCACUUUCAUGCACACUCUGCAUGUAAACACACCCAUGCAUACAAGAGAGUGGGCACAAAUAUGGCCUACAUUCACACAAGCAAUGACAUAACACACAAAUUGAAGUUUGGCCGCUAAUUUUUGAACCAGAUACGGUACUUUGUGAAUCAACCUUGUCUGGCUAGCAGCUAAGCACUUGAACGAUUAGCCCUGCUAUUUUCUAAACUGUUUAUCUUGAUGAUAUUUUAUGAUUGUAAAGCGUGGCUAAAAAUCGCUGUAGCUAUAAACUUGCACUAUAUAUCAGAGUAGUAAGCUUAUAUGCCCUCCUCUAUAUUUUACAGCAUGCACUCACUGCCAGGUUAAACUAGGUCUCCAUUUAUUACAAUUUUUCCAUCCUUAGUGUCUGACACUGCUGUGGAACCUGAUGCAAUAUCUGCUGAUGAACAAAUGGAAGAGCAGCCAUCUUCAUCCACAUCUGUUAAGCCGAACAAAAGCGAUGCAGAGCCUGAACAAGCGAAUGGCGCAAAGGUUAAAUGUUCCCCUGUGAAAGGUAAAUGCAUUUUGUGAUUUUAUUUUUAUCUGAAUAUGUUUUUAUUCCAUUUCAAAAGAAUGGGUGAAUUGACACAACCUUGUCCUAAAACACUUUUUUUCCCCAAUUAAAAGGAAAACAAAGAACACUUUUGUAGCAGUCAUUUUAAAUAUGGGAUAAAUAGCAGUAUUUGGACUCUGACACUUUAUUUCUUUUUCUAAGGGUGUUAACUCCCAUAAACCAUAGGAGCUAGAAUCAUGCAUGGUACUUCCCAUUUAAAGUCAUAUUCCAAGCACAGUAACAUCUAAUAAUCUACUAAUUUCACAGGAUACAGUUUGUUGCAAUUGGGUUCCCUGUACUUGUCUCCAUACCCACAUUUGCUUAUAGGUGCAGUUUUCCCAGAAAUUAUCCUAGCUAUAAGCAUACCCCUUUUCCCUCACAUGUCAUAGUAGGAAGCUAUGGUUGACCAUCUGCCAGUACAAAUACUUGUAUGGCAUGCUUAGAAAUAUGCACAUUCAUACAUCUUGUUUUGUGUUGCAGCAGAACAUACCAAUGGACCUCUUACAAAUGGUGAGGGAGGUGAUACACCAAAGUCCAGAAGAAGGUUACUAAGUUCUUCUGAAGAUGAAAGUCAAGGAGAAGAUGUAGAAAAAUCGGAAGAACCACCACCUUUGGAAAAGCGUCCACAUUCCCGUUCAUCAUCUGAAAGCAGAGAUUCUGAAUCUAGUUUAAGCUCCAAGAGUGAAUUGGAGUCUGAUAGUAGCUCAGAUUCAGAGUCGUCAACCAAAUCGGAUCAGGAUUACGUUGAUGGGGACCACGAUUACAGUAAAGUAGUACGGACAAAACUUAAGAGGAAACUAGUGAGUAAAUCUGGUGAUGGGAAAAGCAAAGGGAGAGGUCGGGGACGAAGCAGAGGAAGGGGACGUGCAAAAGGUUACAAUCGUGGUAAUGAACUAGUUCCCAAACGAGGAAGAGGUAGGGGUAGGGGAAGGGGUAGGGGAAGAGGCAAAGGCAGGGGGACAAACAAGACUGAAAGUCCCAGUGGCCCUGGCAUGAAACAUUGCCAAGUGUCUGACGAUGAUGAUAACAAUAUUACUGAUGAUGAUGAGGACGACGAUGACGACGAAAAGGACAACAAUGAUGAUGGAGAUGAGAGUGACUUUGUUGGACAAAUAAGGAAAAAGCGCAGGAUAAAUACAAGAAAUCAGGGCAGAAGAACUGUGUUAUAUAAUGACGAGUCAGACAAUGACCAUGAUAGUUUGGUGCAAUUUGAUGAUCCCUUGAACCUUGGAACCUCUCGAUCUGGAAGAAUACGCAAAAUGACUGAAAAGGCAAGAGUGAGCCAUCUCAUGGGAUGGAAUGGAUGACCAACAUUGGCUGGGAGUUUAAUUUUUUCUUUUUCUUUUUUAUUAUUUAAAAAAACUUAAGGGGUCUUCUACUGCAGGGAUUUUUUCCGUAUUCUUAGAAAGGAUUUUUUGUGGGACCGUUUGCUCUCUACGGUGGUGCUUUUUUGAUGCAUUUGUAAAUGUAUUACUGAAUCGCUUAUUAAGGCCAGCCUUAUUUAUUAGGUCUUAAGACUUUUUUUUACAGCCGCAACAAAAUCCAACACUACAAUUCAAAAGGUGCAGCUUCCAGCUUAAUAUGAGGGGCACGAAACCUUUUUAAAAUCAUGGUUAAAGCUUUUGUGUGUGUAAUAUAGAGUAAGCACCUUUUUAUAGAGAUUUUAUAUGGUUUUGUGACUUUAUGCUUCAGAUACAGAAAAAAAAAAUAUUUUUUGCACAAGAUACCAACCCUGAUGGCAGCUAAAAAAUGUUUACAGUUUUUAAACCUUUUGGGGAUCUCCAUGAUGCUAAACUUCCAAUGCCAAAUGCUCAUCUUCUGGGUAUGACCAAUCUCAAUACUUAUUGAAUGACCUAUGAGUUUCAAUCCACUUUUCAGUUUUUCACACAUCUAUGUUUCCUUUUUUUUUUGUGUAGGAAUUUAAAUAGUGGUGGUGCCUUUGUAAAUAAGAGUCCUAUAAUAUAACAUUUUAAGUGCCAGCUGGUUGUGCAAAACACUGCAUUUUAGUACUCUUCUAUUCCUACUUUGAUUUGAUGUUUGUUUUAUGUAUUUUUUAUUUUUUUUUACACAUUUGUAUCAUCGUUUUGGUUUAAAAUUCCAGAUAGAACGUGAAAAGAUGUAUAAAGGUAGGAGGCCAUUUAAGAUCAGGGACACACCAAGCUUUGAUAAGCAAAAUAUUUUUUUGCUUCAAUGAUAGACAGGUUUCUGGUUUCAGUGUUAUGCUACCUGUGUAACUAGCAGAGAGCUGCGUCCGAUCUAAUACGUAAUGUAUUAUCUCAUUAUGGGGUGACCGAUACCACUGGUCUCACUGGAAUCCCAGUAAUAGCUGCUGUUCUCCACAUGUUAGAACCUACAGGACUUUGUGGUCUCCUUAUCCCGUGCCACCUUAGAACCUUCAUUUUUCAACUCAUGAGAAAAGCUGCCUGGAGUGAUGAGAUGUGUAGAGAUCUUCUUUUAUAACAUUGAUUCUGGAGUUAAAAAAAAAAAAAAAAAUUGCUACAAUCAGCAUGUUUUCAUUUCCUAUUCACGUAUUGGCGACAUUGCGCAGUGUUACAUUGGUUAAUGCACUCAUUUAGCCCUCCAAGAUUUCUUGCUAAUAUAUACAAACUUUUUCUUUUUUUAAAUGGAAAUAAAGGUUGUCUGCUUCAUUUUAUACUUUGUGAAUCCCAGGCAGUAAUCGUGAAUAGUGUUUCUUGUUCUUGCCAAAAUUGUACACUGGCUGCCAUUGUAUUGGAGAUCUGUUCACUGAAUGUAGUCCUGUAAUACACGUUUAAAGGUUCUAAUCUACACAGAUAAGGGCAGGAAUUUACAUCAAGUAGUGCAUGAAUCACUUUGGAUUUAAUGUGAAUUACGUGUGAAUUUGUGCAUUCUGUUGAAAGAGAAAUGUAAAGAAAAAACCUUGACCCAUCAAAAAAAAAUAAAAAAAAUGUAACUAUAGAUGCCAGUAAUUUGGUGCUAUUAUCAAUUGCUUCUAAAUUUCAGAGAUGUGCCACCAGUUGCUGAAUUUUCACUAGCAUUUCAUAAACUCAAUUCUAAAUCCUGUUUUUCUUAGAAAUAUUAGUGGGGUUUUUUCUAAAAAAAUUUUUUUUUAAAUUGCCAUUGUUAAAUCCAUGAUGACCCAUGGGUGCUGUUCUGAUCGCUCUUUACUUCAACCUUCAAUCUGUCUGCUUUAAUUUGCCCUAGAUUACAGAGUAUUCUAGCUCUCAUUGACAAUUCCACUUUGCCAUCUUGUUUUCUUAGCUGAUCGAAAAGGUUGUCCUCUGAUGAAUUGUAUUCUUUGUUGAAUAGUCUGUCUUCGACACGGUGCUUUAUUCACUUGCAUUAUACAAUCUGAAAGGGCUAAAACUAUGUUUUUUCUUUGUACCUUUCAAGAAGAAAAAAAUGAUGUGAUGACUGAUAUAUUUUUUUGUUUCUGGUAUUAAGUUUAAGUGCUGAAGAUUUAUUGGACUGUAUCACAGUACUCACUGGAAAAGUUUGCAGACUCGUUAAAACCAAAUGCUGUGUUCGGCUUGUUGGGAAAGGAGUGACUCUAUUUCUGCAUGAACUCUCCCUAAAUAUUAGGGAUUUUAGAAUUGCUAGUUCCCAGAAUUUCAAAUCAUUCUUUUUAGCCUCCAUUCUGAAGGACUUGGUAUCCCAGCUGUUGUGUAACUACAAUUCACUUUAUACUUUGUCUCUGCUAUACUCUACCUGCGCCGCGUGAUGUUAGCAGAUACUGGAUGGCUACCGAUACCAUAAACCGAGUCUUGGCCUCCGCAACGUAAAUCAAAUGUUAAGUCAUGGUUAAACAGGUUGUUUUUUAAAUCUAGUUUAUUUCCAAAAAUGCAAUGGGUACAAUUGUCCAAAACACGAUUGAUUUAUAUAUUUUUUUGUUCUACCAAAACAUAUUGCAUGGUGAACAUUUUUGACUACUGACUGCGCAAGCAACCUUUUUACAUCCAUUUUAUGUUGGGAGAAAGAGAAAAUAAAUCCAUGUUUGGUUUGGUUUUGUCCCACUGUAUUUUUUGUUUUGCCCCCCGACAAGCUGCUUUUAUUGUAAUUUGAUCAACAAAGAGUCCCCAGGUGAUUUAUUUGUUGUUGUGUACGGUGGUGAGGUUCUAUUGCAGUGCAGUCGAUGCAGCUGGUCUGAUACGUUAUUGAUAUUCUGUCUCUUUGCAGUGUUUUUGUUCUGUUGGUGUCUGCAGUAAAUAAUGUGCUAGGACCUGCUUUACUGCUGCUGAUGCUACUAAUUGAGGUCUAGAGCAUGUGAUAAGUGGUGGUUUUGUUCACUAGUCACAUAAUUGUAGAGCACAGUAAAAGAUCUUUGGUUUUAAUUAAUCUGGCAAACACUUUGUAAAUUAUCCAUCAUUCACAGUGCACCCAAACAUACAUAUUAUACACCCCACUCUUCUUCUAGCAUAGUAUUACCCAUGACACUUUUAGUACAUGGCACCAAAACCCCGUGCUCCAAUAAAAGCUUCUGUGCACCCAAUAUCCCCACCCCACAGGAUCUGUGUCCAUCAAAGUGAAGCCAUGCCAGUAUAUAGUAACACUUAUAGACCUUUACCAAGAAACACACCUGGGGGAUAUUACAUAAAUUGCUCUUUUUAUUUUUCGGCUUUUCUAAAUGAAUACAUAAAAAUGCAUUUAAAAAGUCUAUCUGGGUUGUUUUAGAAGUUUUUCCUUUGAUAUUUCCUCAGUGUCGUGCAUUUAUAAGGAACUAUUACCGUUUUAUAUGGUGUAGAAAAGACUACCUGACUGAGCAAUUGGCAACCUAUCCCUGUACAAGUAAGGAAGGGCCAUUUAUACAGAUAGUGAGGAUGUAGGGGAGGUGUAGUUCUUUGACAUCAUACACCGUACCCAAUAUAUGUUUGUUAAUAUGCAGCCGGAGGUUGUAGAUGGCUCAAACAAUUCCUGCCUAUUGAUGGCAAUUUGCCAAAUGUUUCCCAACAAGGAUUUUAUUUUACACAUGCUGCAAAGUAAAUGGGGGGAGAGGGGGAAUAAUUUCUUCUUGAAUCAGGGGGGACCUGAGAUAGCCUAGCCAAUCCCUAUUCUGCCAUUGAAACAAAUGGGAGACACAUAUAUGAAAUUGCAUCUUACAGUGUCUUCCUUAACCUGUAGUAUGUACCCUUCUCAGCUGUAUUGUGUGUGUGCACAAUUGGCUCCCAUUCUUUCCUUGUAGUAUUGGGUAAAUUAAAGCAGGUUUGUUAAACCCCCUCUUAUUAAAGUAAAGUACAAUAGAAAAAAAAGAUUUUUUUUGCUAGCCUGCAAGAAGAAUUAACUUUUGUCAUGCUAGUAUAUAAAUUGCUUAUACCGUCCACAGGCACCUGUUAUGGUAUUUAAGUUUACAGGUGAAACAAAAAACAAAUUAUCACUUUGGUGUAGUCUCUGUAUUUCUAAUCCCCUGGCAAUCACUCCGUUUCCAUAGGCACAUACACCUUUUAAUAUAUAUAUCUUUUUAAAAUAAAUAUAUGGCAUGCAUCUCAUUUUAAAAUCUGAAUUCAUUUAUUGAAAGAUGAGCCUUAGUGGCUAAUGUGUAUUUUGAUUGGUUGGUUUUUGGUUCUCCAGAAGAAAGAUUCAUAGUUAGGUUUAUUUUGUGUGCGAUUUUUAUGGAAAUAUAUUUCUAGAACUUACAGAUGUUUAAGUUUUUCAUGUGAUCGAUGCUGUGUAUAUUGCAGAUUACUAUUCCGUAGUAUCAAACAUCCAGAAAUAUAUUGCCAAAAUAUAGAAAGACAAAAAUCCAGAUAUGUGAGCUUUUUAUACACAACGUAUUAAUGUCAGGUGUCAUCUUGGCCUUUCUUUGAGAAAAGCAAUAAUAUGCAGACUGUGAUUUCUUUUAUUUUCUUGUUACCUGUCUGUCCCGGUACAAUUGAUGCAAUAUGUUUAAGAUUCUACCUGCGGGCUCUGACAGGCCACCGGACACAAUGUCCAGUCAGAUUUUGCAACCACUGUACCCAAGUCCCCCUUCUAAAAAAAUGGUGCUUCACUUUGUAUUACUAAAGAUAUUAGUAAAUUAUUUCCACUUUGAAUGGUAUAUUGUGUUUCCGAGACCCUUUCCAAACAUUUCAAGUAGCUGGUACUUCUUGUAUAUGACUAAAACUGUAAUACUGUUAUGGAAGCGGACGGGGGAACAUACUCUGAAUUAACAUUCAAUAAAUAUAGCACGUACAAAGUGUCAGCAGCUUUAAUAGAAUGAGAGCAUGUACUAUCUUUGCACUGAUUUGCCAAUAGAGGACUCACUGUCUCCAUUUACCACCCAAACUUGCAACUUCAGUGGCCAAACACUGCCUGCUAACCGCUCCCUUUAAAAUGUUUUCAGGAGUCUGAGAUGUGCAAAGCCCUUUGCGUACCAUCUGCAGCUCCUGUUAAAAAAAAAAUUUAAAAAAAAUUUAAAUAUAUAUAUAUAUUUUUCUACAGUUACGUCACCUGACUUAUAAUGUUCAUAAGCAUUCCAUUUAACAAAAAUGCAGUAAAACACAUUGUAAGAUUAAUAUGCCAGCAUAACCACUAUCCCAUUCAUUUGCAGCUUUUCUUGGGAACAGCACAGUAGACACAUUUUUAGAAUAUUGCACCAAACCCUAUACCACUCUUAUUAAGUUUCUAGAACAAAACACAUUUUCUUAAUUCUUUCUUUUUUUUCACUAUGGAAAUCCCCCCAAAACAUUUUUAAAAUGCAGUUUUACUUUUUAAAUUAAAACUUGAACAAAUGAAAUUGAUAUUUUAUUUUUCAUUACAAGAACGUUGUGUAGAAUUUGGUGUUGACUAUACAGACGUAGCAAGCAUAAAGUCUGUGCAUAAAUUGCAUUUUCUAUUUUUAUUUUUUUUAAUUUUUUUUUAUUCUUUAACUUGGCAUUUAUCGUUAAUCAACUAUUUUCUUUUCAAAUUUUAUUAUGCUAAUAAUGGGCACUGAUGCAACACAUCCUAAAGGUCUGAACACCUUUUGGUGGUUUGAUAAGGGUAUUCAGGGGGUCUCCAAAAUAAAUAAAUAAAAUAAAAGAAUAAUUACAGUACAGCUAGAGUAUGGUGCGUCACAUGUACAAAAUAUAGUUCACCAUAGCAUUGUAAUCUAUUUUCAUAUUAUAAUCUGUGCAAAAUUCCAAUCCUAAUUUGCUCUUUUUAUUUAUCACAAAGCCAUCAAGAUCACAACAUUCAUUGUUUUUUAUACCUCUUGCUUUAAACCUGCAGUUCCCAACCAUUGGUCUGAAGAUGUUGUCUUUGCCAGUUGACAGGAAAAUAAUUCUGAGAACUACCUUUCCUUUGGGCUUAGGGCCAACGUUGGGCACCCCUUUUCUAAAGGGACCAUUAGUAAGGAGCUAUAUUUUAUUCUUUUUAAUAGCAUCUAAUGAUUCUAUGGUAGGCAACCUUCUGCACUUCUGAUAUUGUGAACUACAUCUCCCUAUAUGCUUUGCCAGCGUUAUUGGAGAUGUUGUCCACAAUGUUUGGAAUGCCAAAGGUGUCCUACUGAUGCGGCAGAUACACUCCCAAUAAAAAAAACACUGAUGUUUGGAAAUUGCUUUAAAUUCAUGUUUACGGAGUAUGUAAGUUUUUUUUACAUAGGAUCUUGCAAUAGAAACUUUUUCUAGGUAUUUAGAAUAUAAUUUCUUUACCACAAAUGCAUUAAAAGGCUUCGUCAUAUGGGUUGGACCUUCUGCAUUAAGUCUUAGGGAGAUGCUUUGCCAAGUUUUACUGUCCGUCUGCUGUCUCAGGUCCUCUUAAAUAAAAUUCAGGGAUUUUUUUAUUGCUGUGUUACCAUGGCAUACCAAAUGUAGUAUUUAUAUGCAACGAGCUGUAGGAAUUGUUUUUUGUAUUUGUAAAGAAAAAAAAAAUGUACAUUUGUAAAGUUUUUUUGUUUUUCUCUAGACUUGGUUUUGCUUUUUGUCUAAUGUAUUUUUGUUCAUUUUUUUUUUUUUCUGAAUGUGAAAUGGUCUUAAAUAAAGAAAUUAAACGUUUACAUGAGAGUUCUUAUUAGUUCAACGUAUCUUAGCCGCAUCUCCUGAAUGGCGUCCAUAUUUGUGCAGUCACAUCAAUCAAAUCACUACCAAAAAUGUUUAGAGCUAUGCAGAACGCGUGAUAUGGUGAUAUCUGGACCCAGUGAAUUGUACACUGAUUAGUCUGGCAGAAGUUUGUUGGUUUUUCUGAAAGCAUCAUAUGGCCAUCUUAAAAAAAUAAAUAAAAAAUAUAUACAUAUAUGUUUGUUACUAUAAAUCUGUCCAUCUUAAUCGUAAUGCUUACAAAAUAAUUUUUUUAUUCUUUUAAUUUCCUGGACCGACGUCUAACGUCACUAAAAAGUAUUUUGCGUUUGUUAAUUUUAAGCAUUUGAAACCUAAGGAAUUUUUUUUUUUAUAAUAACCACACUCUUCUGUUUCAUUGGUAGCAUUUUAAUUUUAAUAAUUGUUUCAGUGCUGUACAAGACACACACACUCUCUCUCUCUCUAUCUCUAGCCUCUCUGGGAUUCAUACCAAAACACUUUGGUCUGCUGGUGCUACAACAUUAAUGUGAUUUUUAGCAAAGGCAUCUGAAAUGCUUUAACUUUGCUGACCACUUAUCUGCAACAAUAAACUACUGAGCCAUUCUGUCUAACUUAGACCGAUUAGAACGUAAUAGAACAGUGUGUUCUGUAAUACAGAUGCUGAGUUUGAAGUACGUUUGUUUGACUUGUUACCUAAAAGAUUCUACUCGAUUAGUCCUAAUUUAUGUUGUAUUUUAGCAUGUCUCGUUUUGACUGUUUAAGGCAUUUAAGGAUUGUAGCGUAAUGAAGUCCAAUAAUGAUAUUCUUGCUUUUUCUCCCCCCUUGCCUUUCUUUGUUUUAGACUUGUUGCUUAACAAUGCCUAUUAAUGUUUAUUGAAUGAAUUACUUUUGUAAAACUACAUUCUACAGUAUUUUUGUUACAAAGAGUGUGUAUUUAUUUCUGUGUUUUAACUUAAAAGAUCUUGUGUAAAGUAUGAACCGUUGAUUAAAAAAAAAAAAAAAACAGUCUUCAUAUUUACAUUACAAUAAAAUCCUGG